GGCGAAAUGCCCACAUGCAGGAACGCACCGGAUUUUGGGCUGUAGUUGCACACUAUUAGGGAAAAAUAGCCUGAGGUAUUUCGGUUGUCAUUCUGACCAUCCCAUUGGUCGGGGGGCUGUGACUAUUUGAGAACUUCUUCGGAAUUGGGAGGACACGGGAGGUGGCUGCGGUGUUCCAAAGAAUUUGUAAGAGAGUGACACAAGAGAGUGCAUUUCGGGUAUAAACAGCACCGUUUGUGCAACUUUCCUGACCAUCUGGACGAGGGAAGGGAUAAUUUCGAAGUGCGGAGGAAGACAGGCUGUGUACCACGGUUAUGGCGGUGGCUCUCAAUUUACUUUGCCUUGUAUUUAUCACAUCAGUGAUUUUACGAACUGCGACAUCGAGCACCUUCAAUGAAUCGUAAGUACGGUACAAAACAUUUGAUGUAGUAGGCAGUAGAAACACGUAGUGUUUUCGGCAUUUAAUGUAGGGAUUAAACUCACAACAAGCAAUUGUUUACAUGCCUGACUGCAUACAACAGUCUAUAAUCAAAUUUAGGAAUUAAUUGUUCUCCGUAUUCUGCGGGCUAUGCACCUGUAUGUGUAGGGUAGCCCACCUGAGCAAUAUAAUUAUUUUAGUUAUAAACAUAAUAUUGCAUAUAAUAAUAAAAUCGGUUAUAUGCUUACUGCACUAUUAUAGCUGAAUAUCUGCUUGUAAUUGUCUCAUUUGUGAGUAACAUUACAAAAAAGAUAGAAGUGGUAAGGCCACAGGACAGGAAAAGUACAAUUUCAUCUCUCUUUUUCUCUGUGCACGUGAGAGGCUUUUCAUAUCUAAUGAGACAUACUGGCAAAUAGGCCUGUACAUUUUUGGGUUACAAAUCAAACUUGUGAUAGUCCUUCAUAGUCCCUAUUAGUGUGCUUUCCUUCAAUGUCACUCUGUGCAAUCAUCCAGGGGCUUCAUGCACCCUCAAAAUCGGAGGGGCACAAAGUAUGUGAGGAUGGCUGUGGUCCGUAAGGGGCUUAGGCCCCAGUCCUGAAGUUGGUGAACGUUGAAUUUUUCAAACGCCUGAAACGGAUUUUCCUGCAAUCUAAAGCCGUAAUCAUUCUUCUUAAUUCUAUGUCAACAAUAUGUAUUUUUUGUUUUGUUGCAUACCUCUUGAGCUGUCUGUAUCCUCCUGACUGGUGUUUUUUUUAAAAGCGGCAAUCUGCACUUAAAACGAUAGCAAAGUGUUUCCCAGCCCCUGUUUCGGUUUAAAGCUGAGGGAUGGGGCUGGAGAACUGUAACCACUCUCAAAUUCCUUGACAGAGCUAUGGAUGCAAAGACUGACCAUCCAUGAUAUCAAAAUUAUAGUUUUAACCAUGUUUUUAGGCUAGGUUUCUUUACAUUGACUUUGUUUACAGUUUUUUUUAAGUAGAGACUCAGAGCUAAAAAAUGGUAUAUCAUACACUACAGUUGAGGAACAAUGGGAAAGUGACCCUUGAAUGUUUUGGUAAACCUACUGGAGAGCUCUAAUUUGUCUACACCCUUUCAGCAUCGUUCGCACCCUCUUAAGCCUUAGCCCCACCCAUCUCUUUAAGGAUUCACAUGUGAGGCCAUGUACUAAACAACCAAAGAUUUCAAGACUAAAGGCUGGUUUAUACUACAGUUGUCGCAGUGACAUCAUUAACAUUUUAUUGUCGUCCGACAUCAAACCUGGUGGUCCAAAAUAGCAUAGCUAGUGUAUUUUAACACCAAUAAACCCACCCGUUUAAAAAUGAAUGUAGUAUAUGUCAAUCUAGCAAACCAGGCAACUAAAAGCAACUUUGUAAACAAUGUUUUGGUUUGUUUCUAGCUUGUUAGCUAGUUAGCUAAUGUUAAGUUAGCUGGCUAGCCAGUUCAAAUAAUGACUAUAUCAUAUAGCUGACAACAUCUUCACUUUAGCUCAUUUGUCUUCAUUAUUACAGGAAAAUAAACUCACAACAAGAUCAUUAUUUACAUGUUAAUGGCGAGCCAAUUACAGAAAAUAGCUUACGGUUGUGAGUGUGACGAAAUAAAAGCAGGACAGUCUACCAGAGAAUUUUAGAAUUUGGACACUGUCUCGUUGACCUAACGUUAUAUCCUAAUUUGACUUUGGUGCAGGUCAUGUUCUUCACAUUACCGUCUCUGGUAAACGCAUACUAUAUCAAAUAAAAUCAAUGUUUAUUUGUCACAUGCACAGGAUACGGAAGGUAUAGUGAAAUGGUUACUUGCAUAGUGGAGUCUUUUGUUUAGACAUGCAGCUAGCUAGCGAAACAAUUAACCAUAAUCCCAACUCAUAAUGUUAUUACCCUGCAUGAAUCUGCAGGUAGCUAACCAACCAGGUUCAAUGUUGGCCAGCUAGCUAACAUUAGGCUAUAACUAGCAAUGCAAAUGGCUCUGAGAUAUGAAUAAUAUUACUACACAGAUCAUACACGUAACGUUAGCUAGCUAAUAGUAUGCUUUAACUUGAAAUUAAAACAACUUUCUGACAUAAUAUCUGAAAAUGUAGCUAGCUAGGCUAUCAUACCCGUAUACAUGGAUGGACACUUCUCCCUCUCUGUCACGGAUGCCAUGGUUGCCCUUAGUUUGAAGAUGUAAUCCGAAGACAGGUGUUUUAUACAACAGCCUUCUGUGUGUUCUCUUUUCGACUCCCUCUGCAUAUUUGCAAUCAAACACCAGAAUUUUCUCCGAAGCAUGCUACAUGGCAGACCAAUCCGAACACAUCUCACGACAUGUCCAGCCCAUACAUUAUCUCGGCCAAUCAUGGCUAGCGGGAAGGUUCCUGUCAUUUUCCGUGGCUAAACCAACUAGGCUCGUAAUUUAACCAUUUUAUUUAGUAUUUACAGAUGGCAUACAAUUUUGUUAUUAAGGCACAUGAAAGUUCACAUGUUCCAGAAGUCAUUUCUUCCAAAAAACGCAUUUAGAUAAAUAAAUAAAAGUUUACGUUCAAAUGCCUCUCCUGUGAAGUAGUGACGCGCGACAUACGCCUAGUUUCCUGAUACAAGUCACAAAUAUUGGCGUGGAACAACUUAUAUUUUGGGUUCUGAUGGGGUAUGACAGUUGAACUAAGCUCAUGAGGCAUUUAUACAGAUGUAGGAUCUUAAUUUGAGCCAGUUUGCUACAGCAGGAAAAUAAUCCUGCAGCAAGUGUAAAUGUGAAUUAUAAUGAAUGUUAAAAUUGUGUAGGGGUUGAUACAAUUUCUGUUAGGGCAAAUCAAGUCUAACAUUUUAAAGUGGAAAUUGGAAACUUUAGAAGCCUUUUAAAACCUUGAAUACACUACAAGUUUGCAUUUCAUGCUAUACAGGAAAAUUCCUGCCACAAUAGGAUGAUCAAAUUAUGAAACGGCAUCUGGAAGUUUUAUUCUUCAAGAAUCAAUGGUACAUAUUCAUUCACAAGUCAAAAAGGGUUGUAGCAACUGCAGAUUACCCCUUUUAAAUAAACUAAAUAUGCUUCUCUGCAUAUCUGUUCUGGGUAAAAGAUUGAAAGGAAUGUGAGUAUUAUUCAAUACAUUUAGUAACUGCUUGCUUUUCUAAAGUUUCCAACCUUGUCAACAGGCAUGCCAGCUAAGAGAGUUAGACAAGCUAGCUACUCUAACUUGAUUGAUAGCCUGAAAUGGCUUCUUGGUAGCUUUGAGGUUGGGAGAUUGGGAACAUGUCUGGGCUAGCUAAAGCGAACUUCAUACAAUUGCUAGGUGGCUAGUAGUAUCACAGAGAAACAACAAAGAUAAAAAUGACCCUAAGCACACAGCCAAGACAACACAGGAGUGGCUUCGGGAAAAGUAUUUGAAUGUCCUUGAGUGGCCCAGCCAGAGCCCGGACUUGAACCGGAUCGAACAUCUCUGGAGAGACCUGAAAAUAACUGUGCAGCGACGCUCCCCAUCCAACCUGACAGAGCUUGAGAGGAUCUGCAGAGAAGAAUGGGAGAAACUCCCCAAAUACAGUUGUGCCAAGCUUGUAGCAUCAUACCCAAGAAGACUCGGGGCUGUAAUCGCUACCAAAGGUGCUUCAACAAAGUACUGAGUAAAGGGUCUGAAUACUUAUGUAAAUGUGAUAUUUCAGUUUUAAAUGUCUUAAUAAAUGUGAACAAAUGUAGAUAAACCUAUUUUUGCUUUGUCAUUAUGGGGUAUUGUGUGUAGAUAGAUUAUUUUAUUUUAAAAAAUACAUUUUAGAAUAAGGCUGUAACGUAACAAAAUGUGGAAAAAGUCAAGGGGUCUGAAUACUUCCCGAAUGCACUGUGUGUGUGUGUGUGUAUAUAUAUACACACACACACACACAGUGGGGGAAAAAAAGUAUUUAGUCAGCCACCAACUGUGCAAGUUCUCCCACUUAAAAAGAUGAGAGGCCUAUAAUUUUCAUCAUAGGUACACGUCAACUAUGACAGACAAAAUGAGAUUUUUUUUUUCUCCAGAAAAUCACAUUGUAAGAUUUGUAAUGAAUUUAUUUGCAAAUUAUGGUGGAAAAUAAGUAUUUGGUCAAUAACAAAAGUUUCUCAAUACUUUGUUAUAUACCCUUUGUUGGGAAUGACACAGGUCGAACAUUUUCUGUAAGUCUUCACAAGGUUUUCACACACUGUUGCUGGUAUUUUGGCCCAUUCCUCCAUGCAGAUCUCCUCUAGAGCAGUGAUGUUUUGGGGCUGUCGCUGGGCAACACAGACUUUCAACUCCCUCCAAAGAUUUUCUAUGGGGUUGAGAUCUGGAGACUGGCUAGGCUACUCCAGGACCUUGAAAUGCUUCUUACGAAGCCACUCCUUCGUUGCCCGGGCGGUGUGUUUGGGAUCAUUGUCAUGCUGAAAGACCCAGCCACGUUUCAUCUUCAAUGCCCUUGCUGAUGGAAGGUUUUCACUCAAAAUCUCACGAUACAUGGACCCAUUCAUUAUUUCCUUUACACGAAUCAGUCGUCCUGGUCCCUUUGCAGAAAAACAGCCCCAAAGCAUGAUGUUUCCACCCCCAUGCUUCACAGUAGGUAUGGUGUUCUUUGGAUGCAACUCAGCAUUCUUUGUCCUCCAAACAUGACGAGUUGAGUUUUUACCAAAAAGUUCUAUUUUGGUUUCAUCUGACCAUAUGACAUUCUCCCAAUCCUCUUCUGGAUCAUCCAAAUGCACUCUAGCAAACUUCAGACGGGCCUGGACAUGUACUGGCUUAAGCAGGGGGACACGUCUGGCACUGCAGGAUUUGAGUCCCUGGCGGCGUAGUGUGUUACUGAUGGUAGGCUUUGUUACUUUGGUCCCAGCUCUCUGCAGGUCAUUCACUAGGUCCCCCCAUGUGGUUCUGGGAUUUUUGCUCACCAUUCUUGUGAUCAUUUUGACCCCACCACGCAGAUCGAGGGAGACUUAUCAGUGGUCUUGUAUGUCUUCCAUUUCCUAAUAAUUGCUCCCACAGUUGAUUUCUUCAAACCAAGCUGCUUACCUAUUGCAGAUUCAGUCUUCCCAGCCUGGUGCAGGUCUACAAUUUUGUUUCUGGUGUCCUUUGACAGCUCUUUGGUCUUGGCCAUAGUGGAGUUUGGAGUGUGACUGUUUGAGGUUGUGGACAGGUGUCUUUUAUACUGAUAACAAGUUCAAACAGGUGCCAUUAAAACAGGUAACGAGUGGAGGACAGAGGAGCCUCUUAAAGAAGAAGUUACAGGUCUGUGAGAGCCAGAAAUCUUGCUUGUUUGUAGGUGACCAAAUACUUAUUUUCCACCAUAAUUUGCAAAUAAAUUCAUUAAAAACCCUACAAUGUGAUUUUCUGGAUUUUUUUCCCUCAUUUUGUCUGUCAUAGUUGACGUGUCCCUAUGAUGGAAAAUUACAGGCCUCUCUCAUCUUUUUAAGUGGGAGAACUUGCACAAUUGGUGGCUGACUAAAUACUUUUUUCCCCCACUGUAUAUAAAUAGAUAGAGUACCAGUCAAAGGUUUGGACACACCUACUCAUUCAAGGGUUUGUCUUUAUUUGUACUAUUUUCUACAUUGUAGAAUAAUAGUGAAGACAUUGAAACUAUGAAAUAACACUUGGAAUCAUGUAGUAACCAACAAAGUGUUAAACAAAUCAAAAUAUAUUUGAGAUUUUUACGUAUGGGUGGUCCCGGGUUUCGAACCCACUACCCUGGUGUUACAAGCGCCAUGCUCUACCAAUUGAGCUACAGAGGACCAGCUUUGCGCACUCUUGGCAUUCUCUCAACCAGCCUCAUGAGGAAUGCUUUUCCAACAGUCUUGAAGGAGUUCCCACAUAUGCUGAGCACUUUUCAUUCACUCUGCGGUCCAACUCAUCCCAAACCAUCUCAAUUGGGUUUAGGUCGGGUGAUGCAGCACUCCAUCACUCUUUUUAGUCAAAUAGCCCUCACACAGCCUGGAGGUGUGUUGGGUCACAAGUGAUAGUCCCACUAAGCGCAAAACAGAUGGGAUGGAGUAUCGCUGCAGAAUGCUGUGGUAGCCAUGCUGGUUGAGUGUGCCUUGAAUUGUAAAUAAAUCACCAACAGUGUCACCAGCAAAGCACCAUCACACCUCCAUGCUUCACGGUGGGAACCACACAUGCGGAGAUCAUCUGUUCACCUACUCUGCGUCUCACAAAGACACGGCGGUUGGAACCAAUCAUCUCAUAUUUGGACUCAUCAGACCAAAGAACAUAUUUCCACCGGUCUAAUGUCCAUUGCUCGUGUUUCUUGGCCCAAGCAAGUCUCUUCUUUUUAUUGGUGUCCUUUAGUAGUGGUUUCUUUGCAGCAAUUCGACCAUGGUUUGGGAUGAGUCGGACCGCAGAGUGAAGGAAAAGCAGCCAACAAGUGCUCAGCAUAUGUGGAAACUCUUUCAAGACUGUUGGAAAAUAAUUCCAGGUGAAGUUGGUUGAGAGAAUUCCAAGAGCUUGCAAAGCUGUCAUCAAGGCAAAGGGUGGCUAUUUGAAGAAUCUCAAAUAUAACAUAUUUUUUUUGGUUACUACAUGAUUACAUAUGUGUUAUUUCAUAAUUUUGAUGUCUUCACUAUUAUUCUACAACGUAGAAAAUAGUAAAAAUAAAGAAAAACCCUUGAAUGAGUAGGUGUCCAAACUUUUGACUGGUGCUGUGUGUGUAUGUGUAUAUAAUAAAAUAAAAUAAAUAAAUAAAUAUAUAUAUAUAUAUAUAUAUACACACACACUACCGUUCAAAAGUUUGGGGUCACUUAGAAAUGUCCUUGUUUUCGAAAGAAAAGCAUUAUUUUUUGUCCAUUUAAAAAUAAUAUCAAAUUGAUCAGAAAUACAGUGUAGACAUUGUUAUUGUUGUAAAUGGCUAUUGUAGCUGGAAACGGCUGAUUUUUAAUGGAAUAUCUACAUAGGCGUACAGAGGCCCAUUAUCAGCAACCAUCAGUCCUGUGUUCCAAUGGCACGUUGUUUGCUAAUGCAAGUUUAUAAUUUUAAAAGGCUAAUUGAUCAUUAGAAAACCCUUUUGCAAUUAUGUUAGCACAGCUGAAAACUGUUGUGCUGAUUUUUAUAGAAGCAAUAAAACUGGCCUUCUUGAGACUAGUUGAGUAUCUGGAGCAUCAGCGGGUUUGAUUACAGGAUCAAAAUGGCCAGAAACAAAUAACAUUCUUCUGAAACUCGUCAGUCUACAAGAAUAGUGUUUAUAAAAAAAAAAAAAAAAAAAAAAACCUUUUUCAUGGUAUCCAAUUGGUAGUUACAGUCCUUGUCCCAUCGCUGCAAACCCCGUACGGACACAGGAGAGGCGAAGGUCGAGAGUUGUGCGUCCUCCGAAACACAGCCCAACCGAGCCGCACUGCUUCUUGACACAGUGCCCGCUUAACCCGGAAGCCAGCCGCACCAAUGUGUCGGAGUAAACACUGUACACCUGGCGACCGAGUCGGCGUGCACUGCGCCCGGCCCGUCACAGGGGUCGCUAGUGCGCGAUGGGACAAGGACAUCCCUGCCGGCCAAACCCUCCCCUCCCCUACCCUGGACGACGCUGGACCAAUUGUGUGCCGCCCCAUGGGUCUCCCGGCUGCGACAGAGCCUGGACUCGAACCAGGAUCUCUAGAUGCAGUGCCUUAGACCACUGUGCCACUCGGGAGGCCCAGUCUAUUCUUGUUCUGAGAAAUGAAGGCUAUUCCAUGUGAGAAAUUGCCAAGAAACUGAAGAUCUCGUACAACGCUGUGUACUACGCCCUUCACAGUACAGCGCAAACCGGCCCUAACCAGAAUAGAAAGAGGAGUGGGAGGCCCCGGUGCACAACUGAGCAAGAGGACAAAUACAUUAGAAUGUCUAGUUUGAGAAACAGAUGCCUCACAGGUCCUCAACUGGCAGCUUCAUUAAAUAGUACCCGCAAAACACCAGUCUCAACGUCAACAGUGAAGAGGCUACUCCAGGAUGCUGACCUUCUAGGCAGCGUUGCAAAGAAAAAGCCAUAUCUCAGACUGGCCAAUAAAAAAGAAAAGAUUAAGAUGUGCAGUCUGAGAUAUGGCUCCUUACUUGGGUGGAUGCCAACCAAUGUCUAAAUAGCAUUAAGAUGGGCAAAAGAACACAGACACUGGACAGAGGAAGAUUGGAAAAAAGUGUUAUGGACAGACAAAUCGAAGUUUGAGGUGUUCGGAUCACAAAGAAGAACAUUUGUGAGAUGCAGACCAAAUUAAAAGAUGCUGGAGGAGUGCUUGAUGCCACCUGUCAAGCAUGGUGGAGGCAAUGUGAUGGUCUGGGGGGUGCUUUGGUGGUGGUAAAGUGGGAGAUUUGUACAGGGUAAAAGGGAUCUUGAAGAAGGAAGGCUUUCACUCCAUUUUGCAACGCCAUGCCAUACCCUGUGGACGGCGCUUGAUUGGAGCCAAUUUCCUCCUACAAUAGGACAAUGAUCCAAAGCACAGCUCCAAACUAUGCAAUAACUAUUUAGGGAAGAAGCAGUCAGCUGGUAUUCUGUCUAUAAUGGAGUGGCCAUCACAGUCACCGGAUCUCAACCCUAUUGAGCUGUUGUGGGAGCAGCUUGACCGUAUGGGUACGUAAGAAGUGCCCAUCAAGCCAAUCCAACUUGUGGGAAGUGCUUCAGAGGAAGCAUGGAGUGAAAUGUCUUCAGAUUACCUCAACAAAUUGACAACUAGAAUGCCAAAGAUCUGCAAGGCUGUAAUUGCUGCAAAUGGAGGAUUCUUUGACGAAAGCAAAGUUUGAAGGACACAAUUAUUUCAAUUAAAAUCAUUAUUUCUAACCUUGUCAAUGACUACAUUUCCUAUUCAUUUUGCUAUAUUUCCUAUUCAAACUCAUUUCAUGUAUGUUUUCAUGGAAAACAAGGGAAUUUCUAAGUGACCCCAAACUUUUGAACAAUUUCAACGAGUUACAGUUCAUAUAAGAAAAUCUGUCAAUUGAAAUAAAUUCAUUAGGCCCUAAUCUAUGGAUUUCACAUGACUGGGGAGGGGCGCAGCUAUGGAUGGGAAUGCAUAGGCCCACCCACUUGGGAGCCAGGCCUACCCACUGGGGAGCCAGGCCCAGCCAAUCAGAAUGAGGCUUUCCAGAUAAGGGCUUUAUUACAGACAAAUACUCCUCAGUUUCAUCAGCUGUCCGGCUGGCUGGUCUCAGAUGAUCCCGCAGGUGAAGAAGACGGAUGUGGAGGUCCUGGGCUGGCUUGGUUACAUGUGGUCUGCGGUUGUGAGGCCGGUUGGACGUACAGCCAAAUUCUCUAAAACGACAUAUGGUAGAGAAAUUAACAUUCAAUUCUUUGGCAACAGCUCUGGUGGACAUUCCUGCAGUCAGCAUGCCAAUUGCACGCUCCCUCAAAACUUGAGAGAUCUGUGGCAUUGUGGUGUAACAAAACUGCACAUUUGUAGAGUGGCCUUUUAUUGUCCCCAGCACAAGGUGCACCUGUAUAAUGAUCAUGCUGUUUAAUCAGCUUCUUGAUAUGCCACACCUGUCAGGUGGAUGGAUUAUCUUGGCAAAAGAGAAAUGCUCACUAACAGGGAUGUAAACAAAUUUGUGCAGAACAUUUGAGAGAAAUAAGCUUUUUGGUACGUAUGGAACAUUUCUAGGAUGUUUUAUUUCAGCUCAUGAAACAUGGGACCAACACUUUACAUGUUGCGUUUUAUAUUUUUGUUCUGUGUGUGUGUAUAUAUAUUUAUUUUAAACAGGUCAAAUCUGAGGGGGCACGUGCCCCAAUGGGCAUGAUGCCUCUGAUCCCGAAGACAUGGUUGACAGACCAUCAAAACAACUAAUUGGUUUUCCCUCCAACACUGUCUGAAAAAUAAUCAAUUGUGCCCUCCAUUUCUCAUUGGUUGGCCUCUCUAAGUGGGGCGCACAGCCUGAGACGAGUAAGGUCACUUUGUCCCCAACUUUAAAAAAUCAGUAGGCUACAAAGGAACUAAUGAGCAGUUUCAUGAGUACACUGCCACUUAAGUAUUAUUACCACAGCUGCAUUUAUGCAGGCUCUUCUUCACUUUUUCCCCUUUUAGGAUUUACCUGGUGACAGUCAGCUCGGAGGUGGUAGGAGGGACCACAGAGAAACUUUGUGCUCAGGUCCACCAAGCCACAGAGCCUCUGUUGUUGAAGGUGUCGAUGGAUAUGGAGGGUGGCAGCAGCACCAUUCUACUGAAGGAAGCCGUAACACAGGACUUCUAUCACUGCACCUCAUUCCAGGUCAGCUGCAACUGUGCUGCGUUCAGCAGGCUACAACGUUGUGGAACGCUCUGAUAUAAAUAUAUUAUGUAGAACCAACAUGCCUCUCUGACAUGUAGGUUAAGGAAUCAUGCAAGCUCUAUCUGCCAUUUCUAACUGCAAAGUUCCACAACGUUGUGAGCUACUGAAUGUGGCCGUAUUCUAUCUUCUCUCAUGCAAAAGCAUCCCGACCACAGUCAACAAGCCAAUUAGUUCAAUGUUGACGUCAUUUGUUUACUUAACUAUCACUGACCGGAGCCAUCAGCUUUAAUAGUAGCUGACACUUUGAAUUGGGUCUCUUUCCCGUCAGUGUUACGCAACCUGUGCCUCGCUUCAUAUUGAUUUUAGUUGAACAGUUACCCCCAUCAGUUGUGUAUACACUGAGUAUACCAAACAUUAAGAACACCUUCCCAAUUUUGAGUUUUGCCCUUAGAACAGCCUCAAUUUGUCAGGGCAUGGGCUCUACAAGGUGUCAAGCGUUCCACAGGGAUGCUGGCCCAAGUUAGCUGGAUGUCCUUUGGGUGGUGGACCAUUCUUGAAACAGCACACACGGGAAACUGUUGAGUGUGAAAAGCCCAGCAACGUUGCAGUUCUUGACACAAACUGGUGCACCUGGCACCUACUACCAUAGCCCGUUUAAAGGCACUGAUCUUUCAACCAAUCUUUUGUCUUGCCAAUUCACCCCACUGAAUGGCGCACAUACACAAUCCCAUGUCUCAAGGCUUAGAAAUCCUUCUUUAACCAGUCUCCUCCCCUUCAUCUACACUGAUUUUAAGUGGAUUUAACAGGUGACAUCAAUAAGGGAUCAUAGCUUUCACCUGGUCAGUCUGUCGUGGAAAGAGCACGUGUUCUUAAUAUUAUGUACACUCAGUGUAUGUCAGAUUACAGUUGAUAGAAACUCCUGACUUCUGUACUGGUCAUUCUCUGUCAUCUAAAUAAAAUACUAUUCUUACUAGCUUUAAGUUACCCAUACACAUUCAUUCAACAACACACUUUCAUUUCAGUCUUUUAUUCUGAAUAGUUUGGUUGUAACUAAGUCAUGUUGUGUGGAACUCAACUUGGAUUCCUGGCUGGGUGCAGUAUGCAAAUUAGCCAACCUAUUAAAGGAAAUGGCAGUUAUGUUAAUCAUACUUUGCUAUGCUGAGGUUAGCUACCAUUUUAACAAAAAUCCCUCUGUUCUCAAGCUACUCAGUCAGGAGAGCUAAGAUUUAUUUGGUUGGGAGCUAGAGGAGAGUUCUAACAAGCUUCCAUUCUUCUUCUGUUCUUCAUGUUGUAGGUUCCCCCAGUGAAGGCUGACAGUGUGGCCACUGUCCAUGUUAGCAUCAAGGGGAGGAAUGAGGAGAUGAGAAAAAACACCAAGAUCCUUAUCAAGCCCAAAAGAUUCCUCACCAUUUUCCAGACAGACAAACCAGUCUACAAACCUGGACAGACGGGUAGUUAGAUAAAAUCUUUGAUGAACACUGAAACUGACCCUUUUUGAGUUAUUACUUGUAAAUGUACUAAACUUUCCCUUUUCGUCUAAUAAUUAUGUUCAUGCAGACUUUACAGUAUAUUUGUGAGGCCAUAAGCUUGAGGAAAGGUCAUUACUGAAAUGGAUGAUGGAUAUACUGUACACUGUAUAUAGACAGAUGUUUCUACCGCUUUUCCAGUCAAGUUCCGAAUCGUCUCGCUGGAUGCCAGUUUCUUGUCAUUCAAUCAGAUGGUAAGUUACUCUUUCAGUGUUGUUCAAUAAAAAUAAAGUGACUCUUUCAAAGCAUUUUUAAGUGGGGUUGAACAGGACAGCCCCGUGUUAGUCAGCAUUGUAACAUUCUAGGGAGGUGGUGUGUAGUUUGGGAGAGGUUUACUGUAGUUGAGUAAAGAAGGGAAGUGAUGGAGCAAUGAUUUCAUCCUCUUGCAGUCCCAUUUUUUUUAUGGGUCAGUGUGGGUGAGUCAGUGUGGGUGUGUAGUUGGCUCAGCAAACAUGGUCAGAGUUCAUUUGGCCUGGCUGUUUGAUCAGAGCAUCUGAAUCAACAUGAGCUCAAGGUCUGCUCUGUACUUUAGCUCUGUAGAUAAAGAUGCCUGUACUGUAGAAACUGUUUUGGAAAGUUAUGAAAUUAAUGUUUUAAACCCAUUUUCUGAUGACACUAUAGUAGUUCCCUGUAGGCCUACUGUAAAAACUAUUUUGGGAAGUAAUACAAAUAAAGUUUGAAAAUGUUUUUUGGGGCCAAAUGUUAAUGCUGAAUGUUUUGUUUCUCUUUUCUAGUAUCAAACAGUGGAACUUCAGGUGAGACUCAUUCAAAUCCAUUGCACCUAAAAACCAAAGCUGUAUAUAACAUGAGCAAUAAUAAUGACAUGAUCUCCCUUCAAAAAAAUGUCCUACCAACAAUGUACUGCGGCAUGAAUUGAUACAAUGCCUGUCUCUAAAACAAAAAUAGCUUCCUUCAACCUAUUAUGAAUCUGUAUACAGGACCCCAACUCCAACCGCAUUGCUCAGUGGUUGAACCAGUCAACAGUGAGUGGAAUUCUGGACCUGUCCCACCCCAUGUCCGCAGAGGCAAUGCAAGGAAGUUACAUCAUCACUGCAUGGAAUGAGAAGGGAGAACAAACCUCCCAAAACUUUGACAUCAAAGAAUAUGGUGAUGAAAUCUUCUCUCUGAUGAUUACUUUCAGGUUACAUUGUGGUUACAUUGUUAUUACAUGGUGAUUAAAUUGUGGUCUGUGAUUUUGUUUUUGGUGUAGUUUAACACACCAUGAGGAAGUAAUAUCUAUGUCUGUUUUAGUGUUGCCCAAAUAUGAGGUGAAAGUCUAUCUUCCCCAAACAAUAACUAUUCUGGACAAGCAAGCAACACUGAGAGUUUGUGGAAAGUAAGUGAAUAAGAUGAUAAAGCAUAAUAGACAGUAAGAUGAUAAUGAUAAUGACAAACAACCUUUUUAAACUGGGAAAUGUUAUGGGUAGAAUAUUAAGUCCGACUUAAUUUGUGUGUUGCAUAGACUAUACUUGAUAGAAACUGUCCCAUGUUUGAUACUUGCUCAUGUUCAAAGCUGUUUCUAUUUUUGCAACACUUAAUUGCCAUUCUUGAAUUGUCUUUUUUCUGUUGACUUUGUUUCUAGAUACACUUAUGGAAAACCAGUGGUGGGGUCUGUCACGGCGAAAGUUUGCAGAAAUGCCAUUCAAUAUCGCUGGUUAUAUGAAUCUAGUAAUAUCUGCGAGUUGUAUCGUAUGAAAGUAAGUAUUUUUUUAUUCUUGUUACGCCAAAUUAUUUGACGAAGAACACUCACUGUGGGGAAAAUGGAGGUUUAUGGAAGCAUGUUUUCAUAGCGGAGCUAAGCUGAGCUACAAUAAACUACUCAUUCUCCCUAGACUGACACAACUGGUUGUGCAACCCAAAUGAUCGACGUGACCCGGUUCGGUCUAAAUGAAUCAAAGUUUGAUGACUUCGAAGUGGAGACUGAGAUGGAGGAAUAUGGAACGGGUAGGAGAGAACUUUAUCUUAAACGUAGAGGUGUUUACAUGCUCAACUGUUGACCUCUGACCCUUGCCUUUGUUCUCUCCAGGGGUCAUCCUUAAAGGUAGUGGCAAGGCAAGCUUCACCAAUGUCAUCAUAACUGUUCGUUUUGAGGACGUGCCCCAAGCAUAUAAACCAGGAAUUGCAUACGAGGGGAAGGUGAGGACAAAAUAUAUUAACAAAUGCCUUUUUAAUAACACUGCAGGGAAAUGGAUUGCUCAGAAAAAUCGAUUUGAGCAUGAAGUGGGGAUAAAUGUUAACAUGUAAUUUCGAGCAUCUAAACUAGGCUCUUGAUGUGUUGUAUGCAAUGGGAGUGUACAUUUAGUAUAUUGGAUGUCUGCAGUCAUCCUGUCCUGUGUUUUCAGAUCAAAGUGACCGGUCCAGACUCUACUCCCGUUUCCAAUGAGCCUGUGUAUCUCUUCCUACACAACAGUGGCACAUCUGAGAACUGGACUCUCACCACAGACAGCAAGGGCAUUGCUUCUUUCUCUCUAGACACCUCUUCGUGGAGUUCUGAUUCUGUGUCUCUGUCGGUCAGUACUUACUCACUCACUCACUCACUCACUCACUCAUGUUUUCCUCUAUUCAAUAUUUAUUGAUAUUUAAAUAUUAAGUUUGUUCUGAAUGAUAUCAUUAAUUUCUCCUGGUGUAUUCUCCAAGGUUGCUACAAUUGUUUAUUUUUCAUAUAUUUUCUGUAUUUUUUGAACCAGGCUCGUUAUCAAAAGGUUGAGGAGGAUUAUCUGUACAAGCAGGGUGUGCGUAGACCAGAAUAUUCAUCCGCUUACCAUUUCGCAUGGAAAUUCUAUUCCAAGAGCAAGAGUUUUGUUAAGAUAAUGCAGGGCGAAGGGAAGUUCUCCUGUGAGAAGGACGGGAUUGUUCUUGCUCGCUACAUCAUCCAAGGGGAGGAGCUGAUAAAGGGACAGACGACCCUGGACUUUUUCUAUCUGGUAAGGUUAAAGGGAUUUUCCACUCAAAAUAGAUCCUAACCUUUUUCCACUUUGUCUGUAGUUUUGGGAUAUAAUUGUACUUACUUUGGUAUUUGAUUGUCAUAUUGUGUUGCGUCUGGAAAUAUUUUAAGAAUGGCUCGGGCAAACCAUACAGUACUUUACAUGCAGUUGAAAAGUUAAUCAUGGGUGAUAUACAGUAAUUAACACUUUAAUAAUGCAGUAACUUCAAGAUAUUUGCUAGGAGAUCUCCCAGUUUUAGCCAAUGUUCCUGUCUCCCUGGUUCGUUCUCUGGUUAUUAAUGUUGAUGCUACCACCUGGCUGUCUCUUAUGUCCCAGGUUAUAUCUAGAGGCAGCAUUCAGCAGCAUGGCCGUCUUCCUGUGACCGUUAAAGAAGGAAAAGGUAAAUAAAUUGGACUUGGAUUCUCCCGACUGCUUCCUGACAUUUUAUAUUUAGGACUUCUUAGAACCCCACUUGAUUAGAGAACAUAUCUCCUCGAAAGGCCUAAUGGCAUUAAACUGGCAUGGGAUAAAUCUGUCACGACUGGAUUAAAUCAUCCAGAUUACAUCUUCAAUACAAGCUCUUACUUCACAGUGCACAGUAUAUUUCAAUUUCAUAGACUAGUCACAGAACACUGUCUGUAUUGGAUGCUCGGUGGCUUACGGUGAGCUAAUGUCCAUCCCUUUGUCUGUCUCUCAUUUCAGUUAAUCAAGGGGAGCUGACGCUCUCGCUGCAGCGGAUGCCUGAGCUGACCCCUUUUGCCCAGGUGGUGGUGUACACCGUGUUGCCUGAUGGGGAGGCAGUAGCAGACAGCCGAGACUUCCCCAUUCACCUCUGCCUGAAAAACCAGGUAGGCAACUAGGCACCUUUGCCAGCUACCUGAGAUGUCAAAAUGUCUCAUCAGAGAGCCUGAGCCGUAUGGAUAUAUCGGGGCAACGUGCACUACAAUCGAUUUCCAAAAGGACUUUGCAUCAAACUAUGAUAUGAAAUGCUUCAACUGCUCCUCUUUUGAUCAUCAAAUCUGUUGGGUCUGUUUCUGUCCCUCUACACAGUACUCUAGCAGUAUUAUGUUGUGGGCUCUGUUCCAAUAUUCACCUCAGUAUGCUACUGUACUUGAAAUGAACCAAAGUGUUUGACAUGUAUGCUAGUAUACAGUGCCUUCGGAAAGCAUUCACACCCCUUUAUUUCCCCCCCAUUUUGUUGUUACAGCCUGAAUUUAAAAUUGAUUUAAUUGAGAUUUGUCCACUGAUCUACACACAGUACCCAUAAUGUCAAACAUGGAAUUUUGUUUGUAGAACAUUUUAGAAAUUAAUAAAAAAUUAAAAGUCUAAGUAUUCAACCCCUUUGUUAUGGCAAGUCUAAAUAAGUUCAGGAGUAAAAAUGUGCUUAACAAAUCACAUAAUAAGUUGCAUGGACUCAUUCUGUGUUCAAUGAUAUUAUUUAACAUGAUUUUUGAAUGACUACACCAUCUCUGUACCCCACAUAUACAAUUAUCUGUAAGGUCCCUCAAUUGAGUAGUGAAUUUCAAGCACAGAUUCAACCACAAAGACCAGGGAGAUUUUUCAAUGCCUCGCAAAGAAGGGCACCGAUUGUCUGCUAAAUUAACUAGUGUAGCCCACAGCCAUUUGCCACAUCAGGACCUAACAUAAGGACAACUCAGAGUAUGCUAUUCUUUUCUUCUGAAAUAAACUACAUUUUCUUUAUAUCAUGCUUCUUUAGACCUGUCUAAAAUAAAUAAUGGAUUUAUUGUGAAGGUGUAGGAUAUAUUACAUGGAUUUAUUAGACUUUUUAAAAUGGCUUGUAGGCUAUGUUUGGAAGCCAGGAGAUGCUAAAUGUGUUUAUGUUAAUUAAUGGUCAAUUACCGUGAGACCGACAGUUAUUUGCUUGACAAUCACCGGCUGACCAAAUUUCAUGACUGCCACAGCCCUAGGUGUGCAAAGCUCAAAGACUCACAGCUGUAAUUGCCGCCAAAGGUGCUUAUACAAAGUAUCGACUCGGGUGAAAUACUUACAGUGAGGGGAAAAAAGUAUUUGAUCCCACUGACAAAGACAUGAUCAGUCUAUAAUUUUAAUGGUAGGUUUAUUUGAACAGUGAGAGACAGAAUAACAACAACAAAAUCCAGAAAAACGCAUGUAAAAAAUGUUAUAAAUUGAUUUGCAUUUUAUUGAGGGAAAUAAGUAUUUGACCCCUCUGCAAAACAUGACUUAGUACUUGGUGGCAAAACCCUUGUUGGCAAUCACAGAGGUCAGACGUUUCUUGUAGUUGGCCACCAGGUUUGCACACAUCUCAGGAGGGAUAUGUCCCACUCCUCUUUGCAGAUCUUCUCCAAGUCAUUAAGGUUUCGAGCCUGACGUUUGGCAACUCGAACCUUCAGCUCCCUCCACAGAUUUUCUAUGGCAUUAAGGUCUGGAGACUGGCUAGGCCACUCAAGGACCUUAAUGUGCUUCUUCUUGAGCCACUCCUUUGUUGCCUUGGCCGUGUGUUUUGGGUCAUUGUCAUGCUGGAAUACCCAUCCACGACCCAUUUUCAAUGCCCUGGCUGAGGGAAGGAGGUUCUCACCCAAGAUUUGAUGGUACAUGGCCCCGUCCAUCGUCCCUUUGAUGCGGUGAAGUUGUCCUGUCCCCUUAGCAGAAAAACACCCCCAAAGCAUAAUGUUUCCGCCUCCAUGUUUGACGGUGGGGAUGGUGUUCUUGGGGUCAUAGGCAGCAUUCCUCCUCCUCCAAACACGGCGAGUUGAGUUGAUGCCAAAGAGCUCCAUUUUGGUCUCAUCUGACCACAACACUUUCACCCAGUUCUCCUCUGAAUCAUUCAGAUGUUCAUUGGCAAACUUCAGACGGCCCUGUAUAUGUGCUUUCUUGAGCAGGGGGACCUUGCGGGCACUGCAGGAUUUCAGUCCUUCACGGCGAAGUGUGUUACCAAUUGUUUUCAUGGUGACUAUGGUCCCAGCUGCCUUGAGAUCAUUGACAAGAUCCUCCCGUGUAGUUCUGGGUUGAUUCCUCACCGUUCUCAUGAUCAUUGCAACUCCGCGAGGUGAGAUCUUGCAUGGAGUCCCAGGCCGAGGGAGAUUGACAGUUCUUUUGUGUUUCUUCCAUUUGCGAAUAAUCGCACCAACUGUUGUCACCUUCUCACCAAGCUGCUUGGCGAUGGUCUUGUAGCCCAUUCCAGCCUUGUGUAGGUCUACAAUCUUGUCCCUGACAUCCUUGGAGAGCUCUUUGGUCUUGGCCAUGGUGGAGAGUUUGGAGUCUGAUUGAUUGAUUUCUUCUGUGGACAGGUGUCUUUUAUACAGGUAACAAACUGAGAUUAGGAGCACUCCCUUUAAGAGUGUGCUCCUAAUCUCAGCUCGUUACCUGUAUAAAAGACACCUAGGAGACAAAUCUUUCUGAUUGAGAGGGGGUCAAAUACUUAUUUCCCUCAUUUAAAAUGCAAAUCAAUUUAACAUUUUUGACAUGUGUUUUUCUGGAUUUUUUUGUUGUUAUUCUGUCUCUCACUGUUCAAAUAAACCUACCAUUACAAUUAUAGACUGAUCAUUUCUUUGUCAGUGGGCAAACAUACAAAAUCAGCAGGGGAUCAAAUACUUUUUUCCCUCACUGUAUGUAAAUUAGAUUUCUGUAUUUCAUUUUAAAUACAUUUCUAAAAAUGUGUUUUCACUUUGUCAUUAUGGGGUUGUGUGUGUGAGAGAAAAAAAAACAUAUUUAAUCCAUUUUGAAUUCAGGCUGUAACACAACAAAAUGUGGAAUAAGUCAAGAGGUAUGAAUACUUUCUGAAGGCACUGUAGAUAUAUUUAUGAAGCAAUGUGUUGGACAUGUAUUCUAAGUGGUAUGCUAGUAUAGGUAUAUUUAAACAUAGCUGUGGUGUCUCCCUCUUUUCGCCUCUCCAGGUGUCGCUGACGUUCUCGUCCCUCCAGGAGUUGCCAGGGGAGAAGACCUCUCUGAGCCUCCAGGCCCACCCAGGGUCUCUGUGUUCUCUCAGGGCCAUUGACCAGAGUGUGCUGCUGCUACAGCCUGAACAGGAGCUCAGCCUAGACUCUGUACGUUCUCCAUGGCUGCGUCCCAAAUUGCACCCUAUUCCCUUUGUAGUACACAACUUUUGACCAGGGCCACAUAUGGGUCUGGUCAAAAGUGGUGCACUAUAUUGGAAAUAGGGUGCCAUUUGGGACAGGACACAGCCCAUCACACAUUCACUUACUAACUGUUGACUCACCACACUGAGCUGAUCACACAUCCUCUUUUGGCAUUGUUUUUGUGCAUCCAUGUAUUUCAAGAUAGGAUUCAGCUCACUUUCAGCUUCCUCUGACCAUGUAUUAACCACUGUCUGAUACUUAAAGUUCAGAAGUUUUAACUUGGGACUAUUUCGUUGAUUCUCUUGUACCACUCAAGCUAAAUCAAGUGCAGAUCCAGGAUUUGCCAUAUGUAUUUAACCCAGGUGUUAUCCUAUGCACUGACCUUGUCCUGACUAUGUACUGACCCUGUAACCACUUUCUGAUCACACUCUGACCAUGCACCGACCACGCUCUGACCAUGUCAAGAUGUUGUGGAUUACAUCUCUCUCUGCAGGUCUUCAGUCAGCUGCCUGUUCAGAAGUUGUCUGGAUAUUCAUACAGAGUAGAAGACUUUGACACCUACCCAUGCCAACCAUUUCCUCCAAUCAUUGAAGAGGAGAUGGAAGUGCUCCCUGCACCUGUACCUAAACUGAGCGAGGAGUUUGAAGCACCACCCGUACCUAAUAGGAAAAAACGCUCAUUCUGGUUUCGCCCCAACAACGAAAAAAACGAUGUUUACCACAUCUUUAAAGUAAGAGGCUCAAAUAAGUUUGCUGUUUUUGUCUGUUUAGAAUAUGGAAAAUGUAUAAAUAAAUACUUAAUAUUUAAGUAAGAAAGUAGACACUGAAUUAAUUGAACUGGAAUGCGGUCUGUGAAGACCUAUAGUGCCUAGCGAAAGUAUUCAUCCCCCUUGGCGUUUUUCCUAUUUUGUUGCAUUACAACCUGUAAUUUAAAUUGAUUUUAUUUGUUAAUGUAAUGGACAUACACAAAAUAGUCAAAAUUUGGUGAAGUGGAAAGAAAAAAAUUACUUGUUUCAAAAAAGUAAAAAAAUAGAAUAACGGAAAAGUGAUGCGUGCAUAUGUAUUCACCCCCUUUGCUAUGAAGCCCCUAAAUAAGAUCUGGUGCAACCAAUUACCUUCCGAAGUCACAUAAUUAGUUAGAUUAAACACAGGUGGACUUUAUUUAAGUGUCACAUGAUCUCAGUAUGUGUGUGUGUAUGUAUACAGUGGGGGAAAAAAUUAUUUAUUCAGCCACCAAUUGUGCAAGUUCUCCCACUUAAAAAGAUGAGAGAGGCCUGUAAUUUUCAUCAUAGGUACACGUCAACUAUGACAGACAAAAUGAGAAAAAAAAUUCCAGAAAAUCACAUUGUAGGAUUUGUAAUGAAUUUAUUUGCAAAUUAUGGUGGAAAAUAAGUAUUUGGUCAAUAACAAAAGUUUCUCAAUACUUUGUUAUAUACCCUUUGUUGGGAAUGACACAGGUCAAACGUUUUCUGUAAGUCUUCACAAGGUUUUCACACACUGUUGCUGGUAUUUUGGCCCAUUCCUCCAUGCAGAUCUCCUCUAGAGCAGUGAUGUUUUGGGGCUGUCGCUGGGCAACACGGACUUUCAACUCCCUCCAAAGAUUUUCUAUGGGGUUGAGAUCUGGAGACUGGCUAGGCCACUCCAGGACCUUGAAAUGCUUCUUACGAAGCCACUCCUUCGUUGCCCGGGCGGUGUGUUUGGGAUCAUUGUCAUGCUGAAAGACCCAGCCACGUUUCAUCUUCAAUGCCCUUGCUGAUGGAAGGAGGUUUUCACUCAAAAUCUCACGAUACAUGGCCCCAUUCAUUCUUUCCUUUACACGGAUCAGUCGUCCUGGUCCCUUUGCAGAAAAACAGCCCCAAAGCAUGAUGUUUCCACCCCCAAGCUUCACAGUGGGUAUGGUGUUCUUUGGAUGCAACUCAGCAUUCUUUGUCCUCCAAACACGACGAGUUGAGUUUUACCAAAAAGUUCUAUUUUGGUUUCAUCUGACCAUAUGACAUUCUCCCAAUCCUCUUCUGGAUCAUCCAAAUGCACUCUAGCAAACUUCAGACGGGCCUGGACAUGUACUGGCUUAAGCAGGGGGACACGUCUGGCACUGCAGGAUUUGAGUCCCUGGCGGCGUAGUGUGUUACUGAUGGUAGGCUUUGUUACUUUGGUCCCAGCUCUCUGCAGGUCAUUCACUAGGUCCCCCCGUGUGGUUCUGGGAUUUUUUGCUCACCGUUCUUGUGAUCAUUUUGACCCCACGGGGUGAGAUCUUGCGUGGAGCCCCAGAUCGAGGGAGAUUAUCAGUGGUCUUGUAUGUCUUCCAUUUCCUAAUAAUUGCUCCCACAGUUGAUUUCUUCAAACCAAGCUGCUUACCUAUUGCAGAUUCAGUCUUCCCAGCCUGGUGCAGGUCUACAAUUUUGUUUCUGGUGUCCUUUGACAGCUCUUUGGUCUUGGCCAUAGUGGAGUUUGGAGUGUGACUGUUUGAGGUUGUGGACAGGUGUCUUUUAUACUGAUAACAAGUUCAAACUUGUCUGUCAUAGUUGACGUGUACCUAUGAUGAAAAUUACAGGCCUCUCUCAUCUUUUUAAGUGGGAGAACUUGCACAAUUGGUGGCUGACUAAAUAUUUUUUUCCCCCACUGUGUGUGUGUGUAUAUGUAUAUAUAUAUAUAUAUAUAUAUAUAUAUAUAUAUAUAUAUAUAUAUAUAUAUAUAUAUAUAUAUAUAUAUAUAUAUAUAUAUAUAUAUAUACAUACUGCUCAAAAAAGGGAACACUUAAACAACACAUUGUAACUCCAAGUCAAUCACACUUCUGUGAAAUCAAACUGUCCACUUAGGAAGCAACACUGAUUGACAAUACAUUUCACAUGCUGUUGUGCAAAUGGAAUAGACAACAGGUGGAAAUGAUAGGCAAUUAGCAAGACACCCCCAAUAAGGACUGGUUUUGCAGGAGGUGACCACAGACCACUUCUCAGUUCCAGUGCUUCCUGGCUGAUGUUUUGGUCACUUUAGAAUGCUUGCGGUGCUUUCACUCUAGUGGUAGCAUGAGACGGAGUCUACAACCCACACAAGUGGCUCAGGUAGUGCAGCUCAUCCAGGAUGGCACAUCAAUGCGAGCUGUGGCAAGAAGGUUUUCUGUGUCUGUCAGCGUAGUGUCCAGAGCAUGGAGGCGCUACCAGAAGACAGGCCAGUACAUCAGGAGACGUGGAGGAGGCCGUAGGAGGGCAACAACCCAGCAGCAGGACUGCUACCUCCGCCUUUGUGCAAGGAGGAGCAGGAGGAGCACUGCCAGAGCCCUGCAAAAUGACCUCCAGCAGGCCACAAAUGUGCAUGUGUCUGCUCAAACGGUCAGAAACAGACUCCAUAAGGGUGGUAUGAGGGCCCAACGUCCACAGGUGGGGGUUGUGCUUACAGCCCAACACCGUGCAGGAUGUUUGGCAUUUGCCAGAGAACACCAAGAUUGGCAAAUUCGCCACUGGCGCCCUGUGCUCUUCACAGAUGAAAGCAGGUUCACACUGAGCACAUGUGACAGAGUCUGGAGACGCCGUGGAGAACGUUCUGCUGCCUGCAACAUCCUCCAGCAUGACCGGUUUGGCGGUAGGUCAGUCAUGGUGUGGGGUGGCAUUUCUUUGGGGGGCCGCACAGCCCUCCAUGUGCUCGCCAGAGGUAGCCUGACUGCCAUUAGGUACCGAGAUGAGAUCCUCAGACCCCUUGUGAGACCAUAUGCUGGUGCGGUUGGCCCUGGGUUCCUCCUAAUGCAAGACAAUGCUAGACCUCGUGGCUGGAGUGUGUCAGCAGUUCCUGCAAGAGCAAGGCAUUGAUGCUAUGGACUGGCCCGCCCGUUCCCCAGACCUGAAUCCAAUUGAGCACAUCUGGGACAUCAUGUCUCGCUCCAUCCACCAAUGCCACGUUGCACCACAGACUGUCCAGGAGUUGGCGGAUGCUUUAGUCCAGGUCUGGGAGGAGAUCCCUCAGGAGCCCAUCCGCCACCUCAUCAGGAGCAUGCCCAGGCGUUGUAGGGAGGUCAUACAGGCACGUGGAGGCCACACACACUACUGAGCCUAAUUUUGACUUGUUUUAAGGACAUUACAUCAAAGUUGGAUCAGCCUGUAGUGUGGUUUUCCACUUUAAUUUUGAGGGUGACUCCAAAUCCAGACCUCCAUGGUUUGAUACAUUUGAUUUCCAUUGAUAAUUUGUGUGAUUUUGUUGUCAGCACAUUCAACUAUGUAAAGAAAAAAGUAUUUAAUACGAUUAUUUCAUUCAUUCAGAUCUAGGAUGUGUUAUUUUAGUGUUCCCUUUAUUUUUUGGAGCUGUAGAUAUAUAUAUAUAUAUAUAUAUAUAUAUACACACACACAGUGGGGAGAACAAGUAUUUGAUACACUGCCAAUUUUGCAGGUUUUCCUACUUACAAAGCAUGUAGAGGUCUGUAAUUUUUAUCAUAGGUACACUUCAACUGUGAGAGACAUAAUCUAAAACAAAAAUCCAGAAAAUCACAUUGUAUGAUUUUUAAGUAAUUUAUUUGCAUUUUAUUGCAUGACAUAAGUAUUUGAUCACCUACCAACCAGUAAGAAUUCUGGCUCUCACAUACCUGUUAGUUUUUCUUUAAGAAGCCCUCCUGUUCUCCACUCAUUACCUGUAUUAACUGCACCUGUUUGAACUCGUUACCUGUAUAAAAGACACCUGUCCACACACUCAAUCAAACAGACUCCAACCUCUCCACAAUGGCCAAGACCAGAGAACUGUGUAAGGACAUCAGGGAUAAAAUUGUAGACCUGCACAAGGCUGGGAUGGGCUACAGGACAAUAGGCAAGCAGCUUGGUGAGAAGGCAACAACUGUUGGCACAAUUAUUAGAAAAUGGAAGAAGUUCUAGAUGACGGUCAAUCACCCCCGGUCUGGGGCUCCAUGCAAGAUCUCACCUCGUGGGGCAUCAAUGAUCAUGAGGAAGGUGAGGGAUCAGCCCAGAACUACACGGCAGGACCUGGUCAAUGACCUGAAGAGAGCUGGGACCACAGUCUCAAAGAAAACCAUUAGUAACACACUACGCCGUCAUGGAUUAAAAUCCUGCAGCGCACGCAAGGUCCCCCUGCUCAAGCCAGCGCAUGUCCAGGCCCGUCUGAAGUUUGCCAAUGACCAUCUGGAUGAUCCAGAGGAGGAAUGGGAGAAGGUCAUGUGGUCUGAUUAGACCAAAAAGCUAUAUUUUGUCUCAACUCCACUCGUUGUGUUUGGAGGAAGAAGAAGGAUGAGUACAACCCCAAGAACACCAUCCCAACCGUGAAGCAUGGAGGUGGAAACAUCAUUCUUUGGGGAUGCUUUUCUGCAAAGGGGACAGGUCGACUGCACCGUAUUGAGGGGAGGAUGGAUGGGGCGAUGUAUUGCGAGAUCUUGGCCAACAACCUCCUUCCCUCAGUAAGAGCAUUGAAGCCUUGAACCUCAAACAGUCACACUCCAAACUCCACUAUGGCCAAGACCAAAGAGCUGUCAAAGGACACCAGAAACAAAAUUGUAGACCUGCACCAGGCUGGGAAGACUGAAUCUGCAAUAGGUAAGCAGCUUGGUUUUAAGAAAUCAACUGUGGGAGCAAUUAUUAGGAAAUGGAAGACAUACAAGACCACUGAUAAUCUCCCUCGAUCUGGGGCUCCACGCAAGAUCUCACCCCGUGGGGUCAAAAUGAUCACAAGAACGGUGAGCAAAAAUCCCAGAACUACACUGGGGGACCUAGUGAAUGACCUGCAGAGAGCUGGGACCAAAGUAACAAAGCCUACCAUCAGUAACACACUACGCCGCCAGGGACUCAAAUCCUGCAGUGCAAGACGUGUCCCCCUGCUUAAGCCAGUACAUGUCCAGGCCCGUCUGAAGUUUGCUAGAGUGCAUUUGGAUGAUCCAGAAGAGGAUUGGGAGAAUGUCAGAUGAAACCAAAAUAGAACUUUUUGGUAAAAACUCAACUCGUCGUGUUUGGAGGACAAAGAAUGCUGAGUUGCAUCUAAAGAACACCAUACCUACUGUGAAGCAUGGGGGUGGAAACAUCAUGCUUUGGGGCUGUUUUUCUGCAAAGGGACCAGGAUGACUGAUCCGUGUAAAGGAAAGAAUGAAUGGGUAUCUGUCCAUAGGACCACUUUAAGCCGUACACGCCACAGAGUUGGGCUUUACGGAAGAGUGGCCAGAAAAAAGCCAUUGCUCAAAAAAAUAAAUAAGCAAACACGUUUGGUGUUCGCCAUAAGGCAUGUGGGAGAAGAAGGAACUCUGGUGAGAUGAGACAAAAAUUGAGCUUUUUGGCCAUCAAGGAAAACGCUAUGCCUGGCGCAAACCCAACACCUCUCGAUGCAUCGCCCAAGAAGCAUGAUCUAGACCCAUCCUCUGUGAAGCAUGGGGACAUUGUGGGGUGUUUUUAUGCAAAGGGAACUGGUGACAAUCGGUCAAAAUGAAGGAAAAGGGAUGGCGUUCAUAGACCAGGAACUUUGAGGAAACCGUUUCAGUCCACAGAGAUUUGGGCUUCGGAGAGGUGGCAAAACAGGCAAUGACCCUAAGCAUAUUAAAAAACACUAGGUGGUUUAAGGGGAAAGAUAAAUGUUUGGAAUGGUAAGUCAGCAGACCAACAAUGGAAGCUUGUGGUAACUAAACGCUAUGCUGCACCCAAAACCCAUCCAACUGACAGCCGGAGAAGUUCCCCUUGAAGAAUGGUGAAAUGCCAGUGCAGUGUGGGUAAGCUUUAAGGCAUGACCGGGAAACUGAGCAAAAUUGCUGAGAAAGGAUGGCUUAAUACAAAGUAUUGACUUGGUGGGGAGGGGGGUGUUGCGGGGGUGGAGACGGGACGGGGUUCGGGGGGGGGGGGGGGGGGGGGGUGGGUGAAUAGUUAUGCACGAUCAAGUGUUCUGUUUUUUUGUCUUAUUUCUUGUUUGUUUCACAAAAAAUAUAUUUUGCAUCUGCAAAGUGGUAGGCAUGUUGUGUAAAUCAAAUGAUACAAACCCCCCAAAAUCCAUUUUAAUUCCAGGUUGUAAGGCAACAAAAUAGGAAAAAUGCCAAGGGGGGUGAAUACUUUCGCAAGCAACUGUAUACACCGUAAUUUCAAAAAUGUUCGGGUUUUUAAACUAAUACCCACAUAAUUUAGCAAAACUGAAAUACGGCAUGAUAAAAUAGCCUUUACUCCCGGACACUGUUUUACCAUUUUCUGUACUUCUCAUUUUAGGAAGUUGGAAUCAAGAUCCUGACAAACUCCGACGUGAAAAAACCUUACGACUGUCACAUACUAUCUAUAAUGCAAUAUGGCAGAACCGAAGAAAGUAUGAUAUAUUCUAAUGUGCGAACUUUUCUAGUCUUAACCUAAUACAGUGAGGGGAAAAAUGUAUUUGAUCCCCUGCUGAUUUUGUACGUUUGCCCACUGACAAAGACUUGAUCAGUCUAUACUUUUAAUGGUAGGUUUAUUUGAACAGUGAGAGACAGAAUAACAAAAACAAAAUCCAGGAAAACGCAUGUCAAAAAUGUUAUAAAUUGAUUCGCAUUUUAAUGAGGGAAAUAAAUAUUUGACCCCUCUGCAAAACAUGAUUUAGUACCUGGUGGCAAAACCCUUUUUGGCAAUCACAGAGGUCAGACGUUUCUUGUAGUUGGCCACCAGGUUUGCACACAUCUCAGGUGGGAUUUUGUCCCACUCCUCUUUGCAGAUCUUCUCCAAGUCAUUAAGGUUUCGAGGCUGAUGUUUGGCAACUCAAACCUUCAGCUCCCUCCACAGAUUUUCUAUAUGAUUAAGGUCUGGGGACUGGCUAGGCCACUCCAGGACCUUAAUGUGCUUCUUCUUGAGCUACUCCUUUGUUGCCUUGGCCGUGUGUUUUGGGUCAUUGUCAUGCUGGAAUACCCAUCUACGACCUAUUUUCAAUGCCCUGGCUGAGGGAAGGAGGUUCUCACCCAAGAUUUGACGGUACAUGGCCCCGUCCCUUUGAUGCGGGGAAGUUGUCCUGUCCCCUUAGCAGAAAAACACCCCCAAAGCAUAGUGUUUUCACCUCCAUGUUUGACAGUGGGGAUGGUGUUCUUGGGGUCAUAGAUAGCAUUCCUCCUUCUCCAAACACGGCGAGUUGAGUUGAUACGAAAGAGCUCAAUUUUGGUCUCAUCUGACCACAACACUUUCACCCAGAUCUCCUCUGAAUCAUUCAAACUUCAGACGGGCAUGAAUAUGUGCUUUCUUGAGCAGGGGGACCUUGCGGGCGCUGCAGGAUUUCAGUCCUUCACGGCGUAGUGUGUUACCAAUUGUUUUCUUGGUGAGUAUGGUCCCAGCUGCCUUGAGAUCAUUGACAAGAUCCUCCUGUGUAGUUCUGGGCUGAUUCCUCACCGUUCUCAUGAUCAUUGCAACUCCACGAGGUGAGAUCUUGCAUGGAGCUCCAGGCCGAGGGAGAUUGAAAGUUAUUUUGUGUUUCUUCCAUUUGCGAAUAAUCGCACCAACUGUUGUCACCUUCUCACCAAGGUGCUUGGCGAUGGUCUUGUAGCCCAUUCCAGCCUUGUGUAGGUCUACAAUCUUGUCCCUGACAUCCUUGGAGAGCUCUUUGAUCUUGGCCAUGGUGGAGAGUUUGGAAUCUGAUUGAUUGAUUGCUUCUGUGGACAGGUGUCUUUUAUACAGGUAACAAACUGAGAUUCGGAGCACUCCCUUUAAGAGUGUGCUCCUAAUCUCAGCUCGUUACCUGUAUAAAAGACACCUGGGAGCCAGAAAUCUUUCUGAUUGAGAGGGGUCAAAUACUUAUUUCCCUCAAUAAAAUGCUAAUCAAUUUAUAACAUUUUUGACAUGCGUUUUUCAGGAUUUUUUUGUUGUUAUUCUUUCUCUCACUGUUCAAAUAAACCUACCAUUAAAAUGAUAGACUGAUCAUUUCUUUGUCAGGGAGCAAAUGUACAAAAUCAGCAGGGGAUCAAAAACUUUUUUCCCUCACUGUAAAGGAUUAGUUUCUAUUUACAGAUGUCCGUUUGAAAUCAGUAGAUGAAAGUGAUGCUCCAGUGUCAAUGGCCAACAUGAUGCCAGACCACUCAGCAGCUGGAGCCUCUGAAGGGCCUAAGGAGACCGUCCGCACAUACUUCCCAGAGACCUGGAUCUGGGACCUGGUGCCUGUGGGGUAAGCAUUGUAACAGACACCAUAUUUGUAGUCCAUUUAUAUUUAGUUUAACGCACAUCCCUUUUCAUGGGGUGCUAAGCUGACAAUGCCUUGUAAUAGGGUAAUACUGAAACUACAGGCAGGUUUUUGUCCAAGGGGUACAUUUGUCAGGGGGGGUUGGGAGAAUGUUUUAUUUAUUGAAUUGACCAUUAAUCAUGUGUUCCAAUGUUAAUAUACAUUUUGUGUUUUUAUUGCACCCUUUUCACCACCACCAGAGAUACAGGAAAAGUGAAUGUUGAGAAGACUGUUCCAGACACCAUCACUAAGUGGGCUGCAGGGGCGUUCUGUACUUCCCCAGUGGGUUUUGGCCUGGCUCCCAACACUGGCCUCACUGCCUUCCAACCCUUCUUUGUGAGCCUGACACUGCCCUACUCUGUCAUCCGGGGGGAGGUGUUCACACUCAAGGCCACAGUGUUCAACUACCUCUCCAAGUGUAUCAUGGUAAGCCCUCCCAGUAUUGUCUCUUUCUUUACCUCUCUAGUCCCACUUCAUUUGGAUAGUCCCUGUAGACAAUCUGUAGAUGCUCUGAUGUUUUAAGGACGAGAGAAGAGCGGACGCAUGGAUCUAGGAAAGACUUGAGAUUGACCCCAUGUGUUUCUCCUAGGUGAAGGUGACUCUAGCUGAGUCGGACCAGUUCACAGCCAGGCCAUGUGAAGGCUGCCAGUACACCCUGUGUCUGUGUGCUGAGGAGAGCAGGACCUUCAAGUGGAUCCUCACCCCAACUGCUCUGGGUGAGCCAUACAGUACUCUGUCAAUCUAUCACAAUGCUAUUGCGAUAGACUCUCCCAAUUUACUCCCUGCACCUUGGCCCUAGCCCCCUAACCCUUCUGUAAGGUGUAAGAAAUAUGGUGGUAACUCCACCAUGGUGGUAACUCCACUGCUUAUACCUAUCCAUACCCUUAAUUCAUGCAAAUGUUGAAGGGGAGGGGUAGGACGGGAAUUGUGCCGUCUGUGGUACCACUGUGGUGCCUAAGGACAGGGUUGUUUACUUUGCACAGCUCUCGUCAGACUGAAAUUUAAGAAUAUUCAUUAUUUAUCUUAUAGACAUGGCUCAAAUGAAUUCCUUGUAGCUCAGUUGGUAGAGCAUGGCGCUUGCAACGCCAAUGUUGUGGGUUCGUUUCCCACGGUGGGCCAGUAUGAACAUGUAUGCACUCACUAACUGUAAGUCGCUCUGGAUAAGAGCGUCUGCUAAAUGACUAAAAUGUAAGUCAGAAGUUUACAUAAACGUUAGCUAAAUACAUUUAAACUCAGUUUUUCACAAUUCCUGACAUUUAAUCCUAGUAAAUACUGUCUUAGCUCAGUUAGGAUCACACCUUUAUUUUAAGAUUGUGAAAUGUCAGAAUAAUAGUAGAGUGAUUUAUUUCAGCUUUUAUUUCUUUCAUCACAUUCCCAGUGGGUCAGAAGUGUACAUACACUCAAUUAGUAUUUGGUAGCAUUGCCUUUAAAUUGUUUAACUUGGGUCAAACGUUUCGGGUAGCCUUCCACAAGCUUCCCACAAUAAGUUGGGUGAAUUUUGGCCCAUUUCCUCCUGACAGAGCUGGUGUAACUGAGUCAGGUUUGUAGGCCUCCUUGCUCGCACACGCUUUUCCAGUUCUGCCCACAAUUGUUCUAUAGGAUUGAGGUCAGGGCUUUGUGAUGACCACUCCAAUACCUUGACUUUGUUGUCCUUAAGCCAUUUUGCCACAACUUUGGAAGUAUGCUUGGGGUCAUUGUCCAUUUGAAAGACCCAUUUGCGACCAAGCUUUAACUUCCUGACUGAUGUCUUGAGAUGUUGCUUCAAUAGAUCCACAUAAUUUAUCUCCCGAGUGGCGCAGGGGUCUAAGAAGCUGUGCCACUAGAGAUCCUGGUUCGAAUCCAGGCUCUGUCGUAGCCGGCCGCGACCGGGAGACGCUGGGCCAAUUGUGAUUACCACGCGGGGCCAGUAUGAAAAAAAAUAAAAAAUAAUGUAUGCACUCACUGUAAGUCGCUCUGGAUAAGAGCGUCUGCUAAAUGACUAAAAUGUAAAUGUAAUAAUUUUCCUUUCUCAUGAUGCCAUCUAUUUUGUGAAGUACACCAGUCCCUCCUGCAGCAAAGCACCCCCACAGCAUGAUGCUGCCACCCCCGUGCUUCACGGUUGGGAUGGUGUUCUUCGGCUGGCAAGCCACACCCGUUUUCCUCCAAACAUAACGAUGGUCAUUAUGGCCAAACAGUUCUAUUUUUGUUUCAUCAGACAAGAGGACAUUUCUCCAAAAAGUACGAUCUUUGUCCCCAUGUGCAGUUGCAAACCGUAGUCUGGCUUCUUUAUGGCGGUUUUGGAGCAGUGGCUUCUUCCUUGCUUAGCGGCCUUUCAGGUUAUGUCGAUAUAGGACUCGUUUUACUGUGGAUAUAGAUAUUUUUGUACCUGUUUCCUCCAGCAUCUUCACAAGGUCCUUUGCUGUUGUUCUGGGAUUGAUUUGCACUUUUCGCACCAAAGUACGUUCAUCUCUAGGAGACAGAACACUUCUCCUUCCUGAGCGGUAUGACGGCUGCGUGGUCCCAUAGUGUUUAUACUUGCGUACUAUUGUUUGUACAGAUGAACGUGGUACCUUCAGGCGUUUGGAAAUUGCUCCCAAGGAUGAACCAGACUUGUGGAGGUCUACAAUUUAUUUUCUGUGGUCUUGGCUGAUUUCUUUUGAUUUUCCCAUGAUGUCAAGCAAAGAGGCAAUGAGUUUGAAGGUAGGCCUUGAAAUACAUCCACAGGUACACCUCCAAUUGACUCAAAUUAUGUCAAUUAGCCUAUCAGAAGCUUCUAAAGCCAUGACAUCAUUUUAUGUAAACAAUUGUUGGAAAAAUUACUUGUGUCAUGCACAAAGUAGAUGUCCUAACCGACUUGCCAAAACUAUAGUUUGUUAACAAGAAAUUUGUGGAGUGGUUGAAAAACUAGUUUUAAUGACUCCAACCUAAGUGUAUGUAAACUUCUGACUUCAACUGUAUAUCCUAGCCCUGUAAAGACAUUUUGACAAUCGCUUGUACUUACAAGUCAAGAGGGAUAUCUGAUGGCAUGCUCAGGAAGAUCUCCCUCAGGGGGUAUCCGUGGUUAUAGGAGAAAGGGAGGGAGGGAACGAGGGAAUGAGAGAGGGAAGGAACGACGGAAGGAAUGAGGGGGGGUAGAACGAACGAACGAGGAGGGAGGGAGGGAACAGUUGAGCCAGGGUACAUGAGUGACUGAGAGGAGAGGCUAUAGGAAGAGAGGGUAAGAGGGAGCAAGCUGAGGGAGGGGCAGGUUAAUGGGUGACUGGUCUAGACUUGCAUGUUUAUGUCUCCCUGGCCUGAACUAUAGGGGAGGUGAGUGUGAAAGUGAGCGCUGAGGCGUUGAAGACUGAGGAGCUCUGCGGCAACGAGGUGGCCACAGUGCCAGAGAGAGGACGCAUUGACACCAUUGUGCAAACACUGCUGGUGGAGGUGAGUGUCUGUCCUGUAUAGCAAGUCUACGAUUCAGGUCUAAAACAUUUAAUUAACCUUUAAGUGUUUACCAUAUAAAUUCUAUAAUAGAAUGAAUUACAGUUGUCAUCAUUAGACCGUUUUAUUUUGGUACUGAAGAAAGCCAGUAGUCUCUUUUCUCAAUGUCGCUUUCCUUCUAUUAGGCCGAGGGAACCCAGGAGACGGUCAGCCACAACGCUCUGCUCUGCCCUGCAGGUAAUCUCCUGACCUCUAUCAGUCAUACUUUCUCAUAAUUACCCCGAUGAUUAAGUUGUUUUGGUUUAGAUUACAGAUAUGUUUUAAGUGGUUAUAACGGUUCUCAAGUAACUCAGUCUGUCUCGUUUAUCUGUCUCCUGUCAUCAGAGGGCCCAGUGGAGAAGGACAUCUCUCUGAAGCUGCCUGAGGUGUUUGUGGAGGGCUCUGCCAAGGCCUCCCUUUCAGUACUGGGUGAGAAUACUCCCAUCUGUUUUGCUGAGUUUUCACACCUAAUUCUUAAUUUUUACAAACAUUUUCAGGAUAUGUUUUCCAUUUGGGUGCAGAUGAAGUGUAGGCAAGGAUUGUUCAUCCCUCUAUUCAUGACGAGGGAAGUGGAUAUUCAACUAUUCAACCUGCAGAUCUAUGAUUGCCUUAAGGUUAUGGGUGAGGAUCGGGAUAACCGUUGGUUAAUUUUAGGGUUAGGGUAAGAAACCGGGAUCUGCCGGUCGAAUAUAUACACUGCCAUUGACUAGAGACCUAUGUUUGAUUGUUGGUCUCUUUCACCAGGUGACCUGAUGGGUCGGGCCAUGAAGAACCUGGACAGCCUGUUGCAGAUGCCCUAUGGCUGUGGAGAGCAGAACAUGGUGCUGUUUGCUCCCAACAUCUACAUCCUCAACUACCUGCAGAGCACCAGGCAGCUCACCAUGGAGAUCCAGACCAGGGCCACAGGCUUCCUAGAGAGUGGUGAGUGAGCUGGGUCCGGUUCAGUAAGGCACAACAUGGCCAAACUGUUUUAAAAUAUGUUGCAACGAAAAACAAGCAAUUAUUAUCAGACAUGUUCAGUUACAGCCUGCACUCCCCGUUUUACUCAAUAAAAAUGUUAAAAUAUCCCUACUGGACACAACCCUGGUGAAAUGGACUGCUAUCUAUUCUGAAGACUAAUGCUUAAUUUAAUUUAAUGCAUAGAAUGGGAUAUGACAAGAUAAUUUACUGUAAGCCUUGUACUUUUUUAAAUAAUGAGCUGUGAUUUAAAGGACUCUGCAAAGAUUAACACUCUGACAGUUUGUGCUGUCUGAUCAUUUUUCUGUGUGCAUCUCAGCUCUGACUAGCAACAACCUGUUGUCUAUAUUUGGCACUGAACCAGUUAACUGCACCUUGCACAUACAAUAGAAGUCCCUAGAAGGAGAGUGUUUGUUCAUUUGGCCAUUUGUGUUGCAGGCUACCAGAGAGAGCUCAACUACAAGCAUGACGAUGGCUCCUACAGUGCCUUUGGGCAGAGCGAUGAGUCUGGAAACACCUGGUCAGUUUAAUUGAAGUCCUCACAGUCAUAAUACCUUCUCAUAGAUCUUUUUUUGCAGUAUGUAAUCAAGGUAGGAAUGUGAUAGUCUCAAAUCCAUUCUAGUAUGUGCUGUGGCAAAUAUAGAGUUGGCUUCAGCACAUACAGUAUGGCUACUGUUAUCUAGAUUAUAUGAUCCAUAGUUUAGGUAAGGCUCACCACAUCUAGUCCUAGUAACUCCAGUGACAUCUGCUCUGUGUCCUCUCAGGCUCACCUCCUUUGUGCUGAAGUCCUUUGGCGGGGCCAAGCCCUACAUCUUCGUGGAUCCCCACCCACAUUGCCCAGGCCAAGGCAUGGUUGGCCAGUCACCAGCAGAAGGAUGGCUGCAUUGCGUCAGUGGGGAAACUCUUCCAUAACGGCAUGAAGGUAAAUGGGACUCAGAGCUCAGUUGGUAAUAAGAGGAGGAGGAGGAGGAGGAGUAUCCUACUGUUGCCACCAAAUGUGAAAAGGUAACGUUGAGGGUAGAGAUUCAGCAGGAGGAUCUGGUGCAAAAGUGUCCCAUUCUAUUUACAGUGCAAUGUUGGAGUCGGCAUAAAAUCCUAAAUAACUAACAAACCAAAUACUUUGUAAUAAUACAUAGUCUAACAUCAAAUAUGUGUACUUUACAUAAUUCAUAUUGCACUGACACCUGGGAUAGUGUACUGUUAAGGAGGACCUAAGGACCCCACGUGUGCCCCAAAGGAGUACAAAAGAGCACACGCUGAGCACAACAACAAUCCCAAGCAUGUUUUAGCCAGUCCUGAAAAUACACCACCUCCCUAAAGUGACCUCUGUCUGACUAGUCCUGACAAAGUUUUUCCACCGCUGUUCUUUAUCUUUGUGCACCAUAUCAUGCGAAUAUUUUAAACACUGCAAUGAUUUUUGCCUGAUAUCGGUUGAUAUCAGUGUGACUUUGAAACUCUAGCACCUGGGAGUACUGUAUGAUGUUGGAUGAAGUUUACUAUCAUUCUUUGUUGUCGUAGGGAGGGGUCGGGGAUCAGGUGUCGCUCACUGCCUACAUCACCGCUGCACUGCUGGAGCUGGAUGGCAACACUUCUGUGAGUUAUCAUCUCUCUUUCCAUGUAUUAGAAUUUGUUAAACAACAUCCCUUCGGAAAGUAUUCAGACCCUGUUAUGAUGAGUUUCUGGUAUCGAGAAGUUCCGGAUGCAAGAGAGUAGUCGACACUCAAACGGGGAGUUGAUUCAGUCAUUAUUUAAUGGUUACAAUAAUGGAUUCAAUGACCGGCAGUACGGACGUAGCCUCCUGCCAUAUGAAUGACUUCCAUACAAAAUCUUUCCGUUUAUAUAAUGCUCUCCGAGCUGCUUCUUUAUAUUAUCUGCCAACCAUCAUUGAGUGUCACUCAUCUACCACAAUAGCAUCCCCAUACUUGGUAUUGUGUGUCACCCUAGCCAGGCCAUUACAUCACGUACACCUAAGAUUAUCACAAGUGGCCCCCAAUCUAUCGAGGCACACCGACCCUCUGUCACUAACCCGUGACACCAAUAACACAUGGCGUGUCUUUGUCCUCUGUCCCACAUGCAGCUUAUGAGUUAACAUGCAUUAAUACAUCCUGUAUCAAAAGCCGUUAUAUCAGACCCCUUGACUUUUUCCACAUUUUGUUACGUUACAGCCUUAUUCUAAAAUGGAUUACAUAGUUUUUCCCCCUUCGUCAAUCUACACACAAUACCCCAUAAUGACAAAGCAAUUUUCUUUGGAAAUUUUGCAAAUUUAUAAAAAAUUAAGUGAAAUAUCACAUUUUACAUAAGUAUUCAGACUCUUUACUCAGUACUUUGUUGAAGCACCUUUUGGCAGUGAUUUCAGCCCCGAGACUUCUUGGGUAUGACGCUACAAGCUUGGUACACCUGUAUUUGGUGAGUUUCUCCCAUUCUUCUCUGCAGAUCCUCUCAAGCUCUGUCCGGUUGGAUGGGGAGCAUUGCUGCACAGCUAUUUUCAGGUCUCUCCAGAGAUGUUAGAUCGGGUUCAAGUCCGGGCUCUGGCUGGGCCACUCAACAACAUUCAGAGACUUGUCCCGAAGCCAGUCCUGCAUCGUCUUUUCAGUGUGCUUAGGGUCGUUGUCCUGUUGGAAGGUGAACCUUCGCCCCAGUCUGAGGUCCUGAGCGCUCUGGAGCAGGUUUUCAUCAAGGAUCUCUCUGUACUUUGCUCCGUUCAUCUUACCCUCGAUCCUGACUGGUCUCCCAGUCCCUGCCGCUGAAAAACAUCCCCACAGCAUGAUACUGCCACCGCCAUGCUUCACCGUAGGGAUGGUGCCAAGUUUCCUCCAGACGUGACGCUUGGCAUUCAGGCCAAAGAGUUACAUUUUGGUUUCAUCAGACCAGAGAGUCUUGUUUCUCAUGGUCUGAGAGUCGUUAGGUGCCUUUUGGCAAACUCCAAGCGUGCUGUCAUGUGCCUUUUACUGAGCAGUGGCUUCCCUCUGGCCACUCUACCAUAAAGGCCUGACUGGUGGAGUGCUGCAUAGAUGGUUGUCCUUCUGGAAGGUUUUCCCAUCUCCACAGAGGAACAUUGGAGCUCUCUGAGUGACCAUCAGGUUCUUGGUCACCUCCCUGACCAAGGGCCCUUCUCCCCCUGAUUGCUCAGUUUGGCUGGGCGGCCAGCUCUAGUAAGAGUCUUGGUGGUUCCAAACUUCUUCCAUUUAAGAAUGGAAGCCACUGUGUUCUUAGGGACCUUCAACGCUGCAUAAAUGUUUUGGUACCCUUCCCCAGAUCUGUGCCUCGACACAAUCCUAUCUCAGAGCUCUACGGACAAUUCCUUUGACCUCAUGGCAUGGUUUUUGCUUUGACAUGCACUGUCAACUGUGGGACCUUAUAUAGACAGGUGUGUGCCUUUCCAAAUCAUGUCCAAUCAAUUGAAUUUACCACAGAUGGGCUCCAAUCAAGUUGUAGAAACAUCUCAAGGAUGAUCAAUGGAUACAGGAUGCACCUGAGCUCAAUUUCGAGUCUCAUGGCAAAGGGUCUGAAUACUUAUGUAAAUAAGGUAUUUCUGUUUUUUAUUUUUAAUAAAUGUGCAAAAAGUUCUAAACCUGUUUUUGCUUUGUCAUUAUGGUGUAUUGUGUGUAGAUUGCUGAAUAAAUGUUUUAUUUAAUCCAUUUUAGAAUAAGGCUGUAACGUAACAAAAUGUGGAAAAAGUCAACGGGUUUGAAUAUUUUCCGAAGGCACUGUACACAGUAUACACUAGUUCAUUUAUUUAUAUUGCUAACAUUAUUCGGUACUCAUACCCAUAUUAAAGAUCUGAUAAAAGGUCUGGGUUGUAUUCAUUAGGGACCGCAAUGGAAAACCUGUAAACAUUUUGCAACUGAAAAUGUGCAUUUCUUAUUGGUCCAGGUAUUCCCUCGCAGUUUCAAUCAGUGUUCCUCUGUUUAGUGCCUAAUAAACACAACCCUCUUGUAUGUGGGUGUGUCAGGACCCCAUGGUGGAGAAGAGUCUGGCGUGUCUGAGGGCAGCAGUGUCUGACCAGCUGGAGAACACCUACACCACGGCCCUGCUGUCCUACACCUUCACCCUGGCCCAAAACCAGGACAUGAGGGCCAAGCUCAUCACCCACCUGGACAAGAUAGCUGCUACCUCAGGUAUGUGUUGUCUCUUUGUGAAAAUGUCUGUCUCUCUCUACCUUUCUGUCUGACUGCUGGGAAACAGCCACUGACAAUGAAAAUGACCACAGGUGGCAAUCGUCACUGGGAGAGAGCAGAGGCUUCUGGAACGAAGACUGACUCUCUGGAGGUGGAGAUGACAUCCUACGUGCUGUUGGCGCUGCUCUCAGGCCCCUCGAUGCCAGGCUUUGGGCUUGGCUACUCCACCGGCAUCGUCCGCUGGCUGGCCCAGCAGCAGAACCCGUAUGGAGGCUUUGCCUCCACACAGGUACUUACUCACAUUUUACAUUUACAUUUUAGUCAUUUAGCAGACGCUCUUAUCCAGAGCGACUUACAGUUAGUGAAUACAUAUUUUUUUUUAUACUGGCCCCCCGUGGGAAUCGAACCCACAACCCUGGCGUUGCAAACGCCAUGCUCUAUCAACUGAGCUACAUCCCUGCCGGCCAUUCCCUCCCCUACCCUGGACGACGCUGGGCCAAUUGUGCGCCGCCCAUGAGUCUCCCGGUCGCGGCCGGCUGCGACAGAGCCUGGAUUCGAACCAGGAUCUCUAGUGGCACAGUUAGCACUGCGAUGCAGUGCCUUAGACCACUGCAUCACUCAGGAGACUCACCACACCUGGGUUCAAACACUAUUGGGUUUUCUAGGUCUGGAGACAAUAAUUCACUCUAGCACAUAAUCUACCUAUCUCUCCUACUGUUAGUACAUGGUUAAACAUUGAUCACACCAAAUACUUACAGUGGGGAAAAAAAGUAUUUAGUCAGCCACCAAUUGUGCAAGUUCUCCCACUUAAAAAGAUGAGAGAGGCCUGUAAUUUUCAUCAUAGGUACACGUCAACUAUGACAGGCAAAAUGAGAAAUUUUUUUUCCAGAAAAUCACAUUGUAGGAUUUUUAAUGAAUUUAUUUGCAAAUUAUGGUGGAAAAUAAGUAUUUGGUCAAUAACAAAAGUUUCUCAAUACUUUGUUAUAUACCCUUUGUUGGCAAUGACACAGGUCAAACGUUUUCUGUAAGUCUUCACAAGGUUUUCACACACUGUUGCUGGUAUUUUGGCCCAUUCCUCCAUGCAGAUCUCCUCUAGAGCAGUGAUGUUUUGGGGCUGUCGCUGGGCAACACGGACUUUCAACUCCCUCCAAAGAUUUUAUAUGGGGUUGAGAUCUGGAGACUGGCUAGGCCACUCCAGGACCUUGAAAUGCUUCUUACGAAGCCACUCCUUCGUUGCCCGGGCGGUGUGUUUGGGAUCAUUGUCAUGCUGAAAGACCCAGCCACGUUUCAUCUUCAAUGCCCUUGCUGAUGGAAGGAGGUUUUCACUCAAAAUCUCACGAUACAUGGCCCUUCAUUCUUUCCUUUACACGGAUCAGUCGUCCUGGUCCCUUUGCAGAAAAACAGCCCCAAAGCAUGAUGUUUCCACCCCCAUGCUUCACAGUAGGUAUGGUGAUCUUUGGAUGCAACUCAGCAUUCUUUGUCCUCCAAACACGACGAGUUGAGUUUUUACCAAAAAGUUCUAUUUUGGUUUCAUCUGACCAUAUGACAUUCUCCCAAUCCUCUUCUGGAUCAUCCAAAUGCACUCUAGCAAACUUCAGACGGGCCUGGACAUGUACUGGCUUAAGCAGGGGGACACGUCUGGCGCUGCAGGAUUUGAGUCCCUGGCGGCGUAGUGUGUUACUGAUGGUAGGCUUUGUUACUUUGGCCCCAGCUCUCUGCAGGUCAUUCACUAGGUCCCCCCGUGUGGUUCUGGGAUUUUUGCUCACCGUUCUUGUGAUCAUUUUGACCCCACGGGGUGAGAUCUUGCGUGGAGCCCCAGAUCGAGGGAGAUUAUCAGUGGUCUUGUAUGUCUUCCAUUUCCUAAUAAUUGCUCCCACAGUUGAUUUCUUCAAACCAAGCUGCUUACCUAUUGCAGAUUGUCUUCCCAGCCUGGUGCAGGUCUACAAUUUAGUUUCUGGUGUCCUUUGACAGCUCUUUGGUCUUGGCCAUAGUGGAGUUUGGAGUGUGAAUGUUUGAGGUUGUGGACAGGUGUCUUUUAUACAGAUAACAAGUUCAAACAGGUGCCAUUAAUACAGGUAACAAGUGGAGGACAGAGGAGCCUUUUAAAGAAGAAAUUACAGGUCUGUGAGAGCCAGAAAUCUUGCUUGUUUGUAGGUGACCAAAUACUUAUUUUCCACCAUAAUUUGCAAAUAAAUUCAUAAAAAACCCUACAAUGUGAUUUUUCUGGGGGGAAAAAAUCUCAUUUUUUCUGUCAUAGUUGACGUGUACCUAUGAUGAAAAUUACAGGCCUCAUAUUUUUAAGCGGGAGAACUUGCACAAUUGGUGGCUGACUAAAUACUUUUUUCCCCCACUGUAUUUGUAUAUAAAAUGUAGCAUAUUGGACAUUGUGUGACAACCUGGCGCCGACGAAGAUGGCGGCUUCGCGACUAGCUCUUAGGAACCUUUGCAGUAUUUUGUUUUUUUAUGCAUUAUUUUUUACAUUAUUAGCUCAAAGUGUUUUGUAUCAUUACAUACAGCCGGGGAAAACAAUUGGAAAUCAGAGCGGCGGUAACUCACCAGCAUUACGACCAGGAAUACGACUUUCCCAAAGCAGAUCCUUUGUUUGCUCUCCCCAGGGCAACUGAACUGAUUCCAGCGGCUGACCCAAAACAUUGCCGGCGGAGGAGAGGCACUCGGAGCGUCCUGCUGGUUCGACUUAGGAGGCGCGCACACCACCCACCGCUUCCAAGUAUACUACUCGCUAAUGUUCAGUCUUUAGUUAACAAGAUUGACGAACUCCGGGCAAGGAUUUCUUUCCAGAGAGACAUCAAGGCUUGUAACAUACUUUGUUAAACGGAAACAUGGCUCUCUUGGGAUAUUCUGUCGAAAUCGGUCCAGCCAGAGGGGUUCUCAGUUCAUCGCGCAGACAGGAAUAAAUAUCUCUCUGGGAAGCAGAAGGGUGGAGGUGUGUGUUUCAUGAUUAACGACUCAUGGUGUAAUUGUAGUAACAUACAGUAACUCGAGUCCUUUUGUUCACCCGACCUAGAAUAUCUCACAAUCAAAUGCCGACCGUAUUAUCUCCCAAGAAAAUUUUAUUCGGUUGUAGUCACGGCCGUGUAUAUCCCACCUCAAGCCGAUACCACGACGGCCCUCAAAGAACUUCACUGGACUUUAUGCAAACUAGAAACCACAUAUCCUGAGGCUGCAUUUAUUGUAGCCGGGGAUUUUAAAAAAGCAAAUUUGAGGACUAGGCUGCCGAAGAUCUAUUGACUGUUGUACUCGCGCUGCCAAAAUUCUCGACCAUUGCUAUUCGAACUUCCGGGAUGGUUAUAAGGCCCUCCUCCGCCCUCUUUUCGGCAAAUCUGACCACGACUCCAUUUUGCUCCUCCCUUCCUAUAUGCAGAAACUCAAACAGGAAAUACCCGUGCUAAGGACUAUUCAACGCUGGGCUGACCAAUCAAAACACUCUUGAAGCGUGGAUUCUGAUCACGCGGACUAGGAUAUGUUCCAGGUAGCUUCCGAAAAUAAUUUAGACGAAUACACUGAAACGGUGACUGAGUUUAUCAGGAAGUGUAUAGGUGAUGUUGUGCCCACUGUGACUAUUAAAACCUACCCUAACCAGAAACCGUGGAUAGAUGGCAGCAUUCGCGCCAAUCUGAAAGCGCGAACCACCGCAUUCAACCAUGGCAAGGUGACUGGGAAUAUGGCAGAAUACAAACAGUGUAGCUACUCACUCCGCAAGGCAAUUAAACUGGCAAAACAUCAGUAUAGAGACAAAGUGGAGUCGCAAUUCAACGGCUCAGACACGAGAUGUAUGUGUCAGGGUCUACAGACAAUCACGGACUACAAAAGGAAAAGCAGCCACGUCGCAGACACCGACGUCUCGCUUCCAGACAAGCUAAACACCUUCUUCGCCCGCUUUGAGGAUAACACAGUGCCACUGACGAGGCCCACUACCAAGGACUGUGGCCUCUCCUUCUCUGUGGCCGACGUGAUUAAGACAUUUAAGCAUGUUAAACCCCCGCAAGGCUGCCGGCCCAGACGGCAUCCCUAGCCGCGUCAAGAUGGCCACCAUUGUUCCUGUACCCAAGAAAGCAAAGGUAACUGAACUAACUGACUAUCGCCCUGUAGCACUCACCUCUGUCAUCAUGAAGUGCUUUGAGAGACUAGUCAAGGAUCAUAUCACCGCUACCUUACCUGUCACCCUAGACCCACUACAAUUUGGUUACCGCCCCAAUAGAUCCACAGACGCCAUCACACUGCCCUAUCCCAUCUGGACAAGAGGAAUACCUUAUGUAAGAAUGCUGUUCAUUGACUAUAGCUCAGCAUUCAACACCAUAGUACCCUCCAAGCUCAUCAUCAAGCUCGAGGCCCUGGGUCUGCACCCCGCCCUGUGCAACUGGGUCCUGGACUUCCUGCCGGGCCUCCCCCAGGUGGUGAAGGUAGGAAACAACAUCUCCACUUCGCUGAUCCUCAACACUGGGGCCCCACAAGGGCGCAUGCUCAGCCCCCUUCUGUACUCCCUGUUCACCCAUGACUGUGUGGCCAAGCACGCCUCCAACUCAAUCAUCAAGUUUGCAGAUGACACAACAGUAGUAGAUUGAUUACCAACAAUGACGAGACCGCCUACAGGGAGGAGGUGAGAGCUCUGGGAGUGUGGUGCCAGGAAAAUAACCUCUCACUCAACGUCAACAAAACAAAGGAGAUGAUCGUGGACUUCAGGAAACAGCAGAGGGUGCACCCCCCUAUCUACAUCGACGGAACCGCAGUGGAGAAGGUGGAAAGCUUCAAGUUCCUUGGCAUACACAUCACCGACAAACUGAAAUGGUCCACCCACGCAGACAGUGUGGUGAAGAAGGCGCAACAGAGCCUCUUCAACCUCAGGAGGCUGAAGAAAUUCGGCUUGGCACCUAAACCCUCACAAACUUAUACAGAUGCACAAUUGAGAGCAUCCUGUCGGGUUGUAUCACCACCUGGUACGGCAACUGCACCGCCCGCAACCGCAGGGCUCUCCAGAGGGUGGUGCGGUCUGCCGAACGCAUUAUCGGAGGCAAACUACCCGCCCUCCAAGACACAUACAGCUCCCGAUGUCACAGGAAGGCCAAAAAGAUCAUCAAGGACAUCAACCACCCGAGCCACUGCCUGUUCACCCCGCUAUCAUCCAGAAGACGAGGUCAGUACAGGUGCAUCAAAGCUGGGACCGAGAGAAUGAAAAACAGCUUCUAUCUCAAGGCCAUCAGACUGUUAAAUAGCCAUCACUAGCACAUUAGAGGCUGCUGCUGCCUAUUGAAAUCACUGGCCACUUUAAGAAAUGGUACACUAAUCACUUAAUAAUGUUUACAGUCACUUUAAUAAUGUUUACAUAUCUUGCACUACUCAUCUCAUAUGUAUAUACUGCAUUCUAUUCAAUAAUAUUAUACUGUAUCUUAGUCCAUGCCGCUCUGUCAUUGCUUGUCCAUAUAUGUAUAUUUUCUUAAAUUCCAUUCCUUACUAGUUUUGUGUGUAUUAGGUAUAUGUUGUGAAAUUGUUAGAUAUUACUUGUUAGAUAUUACUGCACUAUCGGAGCUAGAAGCACAAGCAUUUCGCUACACCCGCUAUAACAUCUGCUAAACACGUGUAUGUGACAAAUAAAAUUUGAUUUGAUUAAAGCCUUACAAUCAUUUCAUAACACAACACAUGGAUUUCCUUGAAUUGUUGUGCUUCAUUUUACAUUCUUCAUAUGUAUUGAUUCUCUCCAUCCAUACCCAAGCUGUAGUCGAUCUGGAUUUGUUUUUGCAACGGUACCUCUCUUCUUCGCCUGUCACCAGGACACAGUGGUAGCACUGCAGGCCCUGGCCAAGUACGGCGCCGCCACCUUCAGUCCAGAGGGCGCCAGUACAGUCAGUGUGAGCUCGGCCAGAGGCCUGAAGAUGGAGUUCACUGUGAAUCAGAACAACAGGCUGCUCUAUCAGGAGGAGCAGCUGAAGGAGGUCCCUGGGGACUACAACAUCAAGGCACAGGGCAAGAGCUGCGUGUUUGUGCAGGUCAGGCUCCAGUCAUUUGCCCUUUGCUGCCUCAGUACAUGCAGUACUGAGUAUCUGGUUUGUGUUCAGUAGAGCACACUGUUGUUUCAACCCUAGAAUUUCAGCAUUAACGGAAAUGCAUGAGUACUGUACGUUGAAAUAUGUAUGUUGAUUUCAUGCAUCUCAAUGGUAUUGUUGUAAUUUCAGAUCGCCAUGCACUACAAUAUUCCCCCUCCUCCUGACUUCUCUGCUUUCAACAUCUCAACACAGACGCUUGGGAAAUGCAACGGCACCAAGAAAUCUCUGAUAGUUUCUGUGAAUGUCAGGUACAGUGCUAUUUCUUUUACCCUUGAAAUAGCAACUGACUGAUUCUGGUAGGACACCAAAAAAAGGGACUGAACCACCAAAGCUGCAAUAUGUAACUUUUUGGGUGACCUGACCGAAUUCACAUAGAAAUAUGAGUUUUAGAUCUGUCAUUCUCAUUGACAGCAAGUCUAAGAAGCGGUAGAUCUGUUCUAUGUGCGCUAUUUUUAUGCUUCCCAUUCUUAAGUUUAGUUUUUGCGCAUUUUUACUUUCGGUUUUGUACACCAGCUUCAAACAGCAGAAAAUAAAAUGUGUUUGGUUAUUGAAAAUAUAUUUCAAAGUGGUUUAGAUGGUACAAUGAUUCUCUUGCUUGUUUUGUCACAAACUUAAAUUAGGCUAACUAGUAGAAUUUUUGCAUAUUUGCACCUUUAAGAUAAUAUCUAUCCUGCAUCUGACCCGGUGUGACUGACAGGUACAACGGUCGGCGAGAGGAGACCAACAUGGUGAUCAUCAAUGUCAAGCUUCUCUCCGGCUUCGUCCUGGACAAGUCCUCCCUUAGGCCUGUGAGUCAAUAAGAGAACCUCUGUUGAGGGGAACACACAUACAGUUUAAUCAGGGCCAGGAGUUUUACCAAGUUGGGGAACACUCCAGUAUAAUCCCCUCCAGGAUUAGUUAAUGUAUAUUCAUGAUAAUGGCGUCUGUUCUAAUUGUAAGUAAACUCUGCAAAAAAAGAAACGUCCUCUCACUGUCAACUGCGUUUUUCAGCAAACUUAACGUGUAAAUAUGUAUUAUUGUAUUGUGAAUUCCAGUAGUUGUCCUUUGAACGUAUCAGUUGUACUGUCUAUGACAAUGUUAACCUGUGUUCUGUUAUUCCAGUUGAAAAAUGACCCCACUGUCAAACGAGUUGACCUGGAGGAAGGACAUGUCAUCAUCUACCUAGAUGGGGUAGGAACAUGAAUAAUGAAUGUUGCAUCUAAACGGGGCUGUUUUUAUCGGUUACAGAAAACCUUUUUGGAUGUGGUCUCAUUUGCAUCCACACAGUGGAUUUAACUUGAACAGUAACAUCAAAGUAAGACUGUAGUGGAUGUUUUAUACAGUAGCACUGUGUGAAUCUAUAACAUUGAACUGCAGUGUCAAAUGUAUUAUUCCUUUUCUUCCAGCUUAAGCAGAAGGAAACUAAGACGUACAGCCUGGCCAUAGAGGAGGAUGUGCCUGUGAGGAAUCUGAAACCAGCUGUGGUGAAAGUGUAUGACUACUACCAGACAAGUAAGAAUUCCAUCUAACACAGACAGUAAAAACGUGAUCUCAUGCGCAGAAAACCUUGUCUGGCAGCGAAACAGUUCAUUCAGCCUAAUUUUACUGCCUUAAAAAAAAAGAUGGCUGACUUGCUUAAACAAAUGUGGUGUCUACUGACAAUUGAAAUGUACAAACUAUGUCAUAAGGGGACGACGAGCGGGAUCAAGCUAGGACGGAUGAAGUCAACUAUUUGUUCAGCACUUUUGAAAUGUACAGCGACAGAAUUCAGAACAUGGGCCGUUCUUACAGUAUUCUCCCUGUACACCAAGUCAGUACCGUAGGACAAAUAAAGGAGGCAUAUAAGCAGACAAUGAAAGCUAUUACAAUAUUCAAUUAUUACAUUUCUCUAGGGCUACUAACAGCUUACUACACAACAUACACUUAGUAUUACUUUCUUAGCUACAGUAUACAUAUCUCCCUGGCAUAUUACAUCAAUUAUGCAGCAGAAUACAAUACAUUUUCGGACUGCUGUGCUCACUUGAACAGGAUGGUGGUGCGGUGGCCCAUCGUGGGCAAAUUCUGUCAUCAAACUGUCAUCAAAGUCUGGCAUUCUCUGGAUUUCAAAUCAAUUUGAUUUGUCACAUGCGCCGAAUACAACAGGUUUAGACCUUACCGUGAAAUGCUUACUUACAAGCCAACAAUGCAGUUAUGUAUUUUUUUUCUCCCCAAUUUCGUGAUAUCCAAUUGCGAUCUUGUCUCAUCGCUGCAACUCCCCAACGGGCUCGGGAGAGGCGAAGGUCGAGUCAUGCGUAUCCGAAACAUGAGCCGCCAAGCCGCGCUUCUUAACACCCGCUCACUUAACCCGGAAGCCAGAUGCACCAAUGUAUCGGAGGAAACACCGUUCAACUGACGACCAAAGUCAGCUUGCAGGCGCCCGGCCCGCCACAAGGAGUCGCUAGAGCGCGAUGAGCCAAGGAUUGCCCCACCCCCGGCCAAACCCUCCCCAUAUCAUAUUUACUAAAUAAACGUAACAAAAAAAAUUAAAGAGUAACAAUAAAAUAACAAUACAGAGGCUAUAUACAGGGGGUACCAGUACCGAGUCAAUGUGCGGGGGUACAGGUUAGUCGAGGUAAUAUGUACAUUUAGGUAGGGGUAAAGUGACUAUGCAUAGAUGAUAAACAGCGAGUAGCAGCAGUGUUAAAAAGGGGGAGGGGGGGGGGUGUCAAUGCAAAUAGCCAGGUAGCCAUUUGAUUAGCUGUUCAGCAAUAUUAUUGCUUGGGGGUAGAAGCUGUUAAGAAGCCUUUUGGACCUGGACUUGGCGCUCCAGUACCGCUUGCCGUGCGUUAGCCGAGAGAACAGUCUAUGACUAGGGUGUUUUUGGCCAUUUUUAGGGCCUUCCUCUGACACCGCCUGGUAUAGAGGUCCUGAAUGGCAGGAAGCUUGGCCGUACGCACUACCCUCUGUAGUGCCUUGCGGUCGGAGGCAGAGCAGUUGCCAUACCAGGCCAUGAUGCAACCAGUCAGGAUGCUCUCGAUGGUGCAGCUAUAUAACUUUUUGAGGAUCUGAGGACCCGUGCCCUCUUCACGCCUGUCUUGGUGUGUUUGGACCAUGAUAGUUUGUUGAUGUGGACACCAAGGAACUUGAAGCUCUCAACCUGCUCCACUACAGCCCCGUCGAUGAGAAGAGAGGCGUGCUCGGUCCCUCCUUUUCCUGUAGUCCACGAUCAUCUCCUUUGUCUUGAUUACGUUGAGGGAGAGGUGGUUGUCCUUGCACCACACUGCCAGGUCUCUGACCUCCUCCCUAUAGGCUGUCUCAUUGUUGUCGGUGGUCAGGCCUACCACCGUUGUGUCGUCGGCAAACGUAAUGAUGGUGUUGGAAUCGUGCUUGGCCACGCAGUCAUGGGUGAACAGGGAGAACAGGAGGGGACUAAGCAGGCCCCCCUGAGGGGCCCCCGUGUUGAGGAUCAGCGUGGCAGAUGUGGUGUUGCCUACCCUUACCAACUGGGGGUGGCCCGUCAGGAAGUCCAGGAUCCAGUUGCAGAGGGAGGUGUUUAGUCCCAGGGUCCUUAGCUUAUUGAUGAGCUUUGUGGGCACUAUGGUGUUGAACGCUGAGCUGUAGUCAAUGAACAGCAUUCUCGCAUAGGUGUUCCUUUUGUCCAAGUGGGAAAGGGCAGUGUGGAGUGCGAUUGAGAUUGUGUCAUCUGUGGAUCUGUUGGGGCGGUAUGCGAAUUGGAGUGGGUCUAGGGUUUCCGGGAUAAUGGUGUUGAUGUGAGCCAUGACCAGCCUUUCAAAGCACUUCAUGGCGAUCGACGUGAGUGCUACGGGGCGGUAGUCAUUUAGGCAGGUUACCUUCGCUUUCUUGGGCACAGGGACUAUGGUGGUCUGCUUGAAAUAUGUAGGUAUUACAGACUUGGUCAGGGACCGGUUGAAAAUGUCAGUGAAGACACUUUCCAGUUGGGUCAGCGCAUGCUCGGAGUACACGUCCUGGUAAUCCAUCUGGCCCUGCGGCCUUGGGAAAUGUUGACCUGUUUAAAGGUCUUACUCACAUCGGCUACGGUGAGCGUGAUCACACAGUCGUCCGGAACAAGUGGUGCUUGCCUCGAAGCGCAUAAAGUAAUUUAGCUUGUCUGGUAGGCUCGUGCCACUGGGCAGCUCGCGGCUGGGCUUCCCUUUGUAGUCCGUAAUAGUUUGCACGUCCUGCCACAUCCGACGAGCGUUGGAGUCAGUGUAGUAGGAUUCAAUCUUAGUCCUGUAUGACUCUUUGCCUGUUUGAUGGUUUGUCAGUGGGCAUAGCGGGAUUUCUUAUAAGCGUCCAGGUUGGAGUCCUGCUCCUUGAAAGCGGCAGCUUUCUACCCUUUAGCUCAGUGCGGAUGUUGCCUGUAAUCCAUGGCUUAUGGUUGGGGUAUGUACGUAUGGUCACUGUGGGGACGAUGUCAUCGAUUCACUUACUGAUGAAGUGCUUUCAAGACAACUGGGAACUCUGGAAAAAGAACAAGGUUGAAUCAUGACGUCAGUGAUCUUCAGGUCACUGAAGAGCUCUAGAAAGAGGCCCGAGUUCCCGACUUGGAAUUCCGAAUUGGAUGACCGUUCAAAACAUAUUUUCCUGAGUUCCCAGUUGUCUUGAACUCACUGAAGUCUGAGAUUUCCCAGUUCCGAGUUUCCCGUUGUUUUGAACGCGGCAGAAGUCAUGCUGGAUUGAAGCAUGGCCAAUGUUGAAUGUUUGUCCUUUUAAGCUUGGAAAAGAGACCCUUAAACCCAGACUUGAACCACACACACACACUCCACUGAAUAGCAGGCUAGUGCUUGCUUUGCAAGGCUUGCCCGUUAGCCAUUGAUUCCUUCCAAACCACCAUUGUUGAAUUUGCGAUUUCCAACUUGUUGUGUAAUGUUUAUGUCCAAUGGCCGAUGAGCACCGAUAUGUUUUAUCUAUAAUUUCUCGUCAUAAUUUCUCUUCAUAUGACAAGGAUUGAAAAGGAUUUGCCAGUAGAUUGUUGACUUGAUUCAUGAUGAUGACUGCUAGCUUGCUAGCUAAGAAAGUAUAAUGUUGACAAUCAAAGUUACAGUAGAUAUAACGUGAUUUGACGUCAUUUUAUCUGUGCCCAAUGACCUUGAGCCUUCAUGGAUGGGCACUUCUAAUGUAACUCUAUGGCAGCACCCAAGGGGCUUGAAUUUCCUAGCUCUACCCGUAGAUUUUGCAGUGACAUAGUGUCCCCAUGAGUGACAGAACACUGAGUCAAUCAUGGCGUAAUUGGAGAACAUUACCACUGCACUGAGCUAGGCUAGAAACACCUGAAUUUUGGAGCUGCCUUACUCAAGAAAGCAAAAAAGACACCAUGUUUGUAUGCGGCUUUAUUAACUCAAUGAUUAUUAUAUUUUUUACAUUGUUUGCAAACUGAAAUGAGACGCGUAUUAAUGCCAAAAUAACAUGCAAAACAGGCACACACACAAAAAAAUGACACUGCCCAUAGGGUAUAUUAUUCCUAGAUAUAUUAGUACUUUGGAAAAGUGUCAAAGCGUCCUUUUAAUAAAAGAGCACCAUUAAUUGGAAAUAAUAAUAGUAUAUAGAUAUUUUGGAUGUUGCUUUUUUUGUCUAUUAAUAGAAGACUACCAGUUUCUAUUACCCAGUUUCCAAACACCCCUUUCUCUCUGAAAUAUUUAUACUAAACAAAAAUAUAAUUGUCUGGGCCUGGCUCCCCAGUGGGUGGGCCUAUGCCCUCCAAGGCCUACCCAUGGCUGCACCCCUGCCCAGUCAUGUGAAAUCCAGAGAUUAGGGCCUAAAUUAUUUAUUUGAAUUGACUGAUUUCUUUAUAUGAACUGUAACUCAGUAAAAUCUUUGAAGUUUUGAAGCACUGCCAUACCUGUCUGGGUUACGUACAUAACUCUGGUUCCCGGAAGAAGGAAACGAGAAAUCACCAGUAUGGGCCCAUUGGUUCACCCCUUAAGUUGAAGUUUAAGGAUGUUGACUGACUGAAAGGGAAGCAAAGAUAUCAUUAGAAAGGAACUGACCUCUGCAUUCUCAUUGUUCUGUUCUCAGGUGAUGAAGCUGUGAGUGAAUACAGCUCCCCAUGUGCAGAGAGUAAGUACAUAACCUUUCUAUAAACAAACCUACAUGACUCAUGCUUAAAUUACAGGAAUGAAGAUGCAGGGCCGGCCCAAGCCUUUUUGGGGCCCUAAGUGAGAUUUGCACCUCCCAGGCAAAACAUUCAGUGGCCCCCUUCUUGAGAUAAAUAUUUUAGUUGUAAAGCUAAUUUCCUGCAAUUCUAUAUAUUUGUCAUGGGGAGUAAAGAACAUUUUGCAAAACCUGACUCCAUUACACCAGCUCUGUCAGGAGGAAUGGGCCAAAAUUCACCCAACUUAUUGUGGGAAGCUUGUGGAGGCUACCCGAAACGUUUGACCCAAGUUAAACAAUUUAAAGGCAAUGCUACCAAAUACUAAUUGAGUGUAUGUAAACUUCUGACCCACUGGGAAUGUGAUGAAAGAAAUAAAAGCUGAAAUAAAUCAUUCUCGUCUGCUAAAUGGCAUAUUAUAUAUAUUAUUAUUCUUACAUUUCACAUUCUUCAAAUAUAGUGGUGAUCCUAACUGACCUAAGACAGGGAAUUUUUACUAGGAUUAAAUGUCAGGAAUUGUGAAAAACUGAGUUUAAAUGUAUUUGGCUAAGGUGUAUGUAAACUUCCGACUUCAACUGUAUAUGUUCACUGUUUUAUAGGGAGUCAAAUCCUAGGCCAAGCAGGGAAUGUUCUAUUGAUGAUUUGACAUUUUCACAGGUGAUGAAGUCAAUGAAGUGUGACAGAGAGAGCCAAACACAAGCUGACUGGACCCGGGCUCAACCAAGUACUUUAAUAUGUAGGAAGUUAUGUUUUUUAGGCAGAGCUCAUAGAACCUCUCCAUUUAUUUGGUUUGAUGCUUAUAGUUUCUGGUAACACAUUGACCAACUCGUGAUCCGAUUUGUAAUAUUGUAAGUGAACACAAUUUUUUGUCAUUUUAAUAGAUUGGCCGUAGGAUUUUACCUUUUAACACCUUUUUUAUUGUGUUACUUUGAUUUGUGCCAAAACAUGUCACAACUUGCUGUUGUAACCCUAAACCUGCUAUUACUAAAGUUAUGUGAGAUUGUUAUUUCAAAAGUUUAAUUUCAGUGUUUCUACUGCGAUGAUAAAUGCAUACGACUGCAUCUACUGAAAAUGAAAUAAAUGUUUUAAUAAAACUGUUGCUAUGGAUUCAACCACGGAAGACUCACAGUAACAUUUCUUUUUUUUAAAAAGCUCUGACAAAAUCGAUAUAAUCCUUACAUUAAACACUCAGAUGGUGAUUAUAAAUGUUGUC